GUUUCUCUCUCCAGGCGUCUCCAAAUGCUGAAUAUUUCAAUGUGCAAGUAAUUGUGGACGGUGGAGUGAGUUUUUCACCCCCCUAAUGAUCCCACAGACUAAUUACGACCCCCCCAUUUCCAUUUCCUAGGGAGAGUGCAAGAACCCUGGCAGACAACGCUCAUCCCAAAGGCCGCAAAUGAUGACCACCCAAGAUGUAACAGUAAAAAAAGAGCAAGCGGAGGAAGAGAUUCCAGGAGUAAUCUGGCCGAACACCAAAGAGUCCAACAAGGGGAAAAUGAAUGAGGGUGGGGAAGAGAUACCUGCCGAGAUCUGUGUGGUCAUUGGAGACAACCGAAACCAGCAAAACAUAGGUGAGUAUCGAUCACCAAGCCGACGCGUGUCUCUCAUCGCCAUUUCAUGUUACUAAGUCGUGUAAUCUGUGUGUCUGCAUUAUUCAUGGGCCGUCCUUCUGUCUUACAUAUAAAUAACCUGUGUAUGUGCAGUGUGUAUGAGGGUAUCACAGAGCUCCACAGGAAUAAAACUCACAGUAAUGUGCAGUGUGUAUGAGGGUAUCACAGAGCUCCACAGUAAUAAAACUCACAAUAAUGUGCAGUGUGUAUGAGUUUAUCACAGAGCUCCACAGUAAUAAAACUCCCAGUAAUGUGCAGUGUGUAUGAGGGUGACAGAGCUCCACAUCAAUAAAACUCUCAGUAAUGUGCAGUGUGUAUGAGUGUAUCACAGAGCUCCACAUUGAUAAAACUCACAGUAAUGUGCAGUGUGUAUGAGGGUAUCACAGAGCUUCACAGCAAUAAAACUCACAGUAAUGUGCAGUGUGUAUGAGGGUAUCACAGAGCUUCACAGCAAUAAAACUCACAGUAAUGUGCAGUGUGUAUGAGUGUAUCACAGAGCUCCACAGUAAUAAAACUCACAGUAAUGUGCAGUGUGUAUGAGUUUAUCACAGAGCUCCACAGUAAUAAAACUCACAGUAAUGUGCAGUGUGUAUGAGGGUGACAGAGCUCCACAUCAAUAAAACUCUCAGUAAUGUGCAGUGUGUAUGAGUGUAUCACAGAGCUCCACAUUGAUAAAACUCACAGUAAUGUGCAGUGUGUAUGAGUAUCACAGAGCUCCACAGCAGUAAAACUCACAGUCACAUGAUUGACCUGCAGUAUGAUGCACAUAAAUAAUUUCGUUCUUGUUAUGAAAGGGCUCUGUCAGGUUUGCGGGUUUUGUUUUUUAAUUAAUAGUUUUUAUCCCUCUAUUUCCCCUUGUCGCCUUUUCUUUAAUUGCCCGUAGUUUUUAGAUGUGACUCCUUUUUAUUAUAAGGAGCAUUUACAAAGGGCGGAACUUUAUCAACGUUCCAUUUCAGCUGCCAACGUAAUUCACCCACAAUCCAUCAGUUAAAUGAAUCCCACAGAAGGCAAAGUGCAGGAAGAAAAGAUAAUGAAUAUAAAUAAAGUGGCAAUGUGGGGAGAGCAUUGUAAACAUGGUAGUUCUGCUUUACAGGACAACGUCUCGUUCUUUUAACCUUUAUUACAUUUAAUGAAGCUUAAUGCUUACUUUUUAGUGAUGGGCAUUGAUUUUUAUCUGGCUGAAGAUCUAUGUUGGGUUUGAUUCUACUAACCUGACUUACGGCAGCAGGUUCACACCAAGCACUCACAGCCGCAGAAAGUUAGGGUGAGUCUGACCCAACAUGGCCUCUCUGCCAGACAAAAGAAGACAACACACAUCACUAAAAUCAUUCAUUUAAUGGAAUAUUUUUAAAAACGAGAAGGGAAAAUUUGGCUACAGUUGUCCUUUGAAGUUAAUGAGAUGUCUGAUUUCGGCCCAUGUGAGAGUAUUGUAGAUCUUAUUCUGAAAUAGCAGAGAUGGGAAAAUAGCUGAUUAGGACCAUUUUUCCAGUUCAGUUAUUUUGGUAUAAAAUUUGCAGCUCCCUUGGCAAAUCUUCACAAUACUGGGUUAAGUGAUUAACCAUUUAAUGUUUGUAGUUAAGAUUCGUCAAAAACACUGAUUUAUACUGAUUUUUAAAAGUCCAUAUUUAGUACCAGCUAUCCCCCUAUAGAUGGCAUUAGUACCAGCUAUCCCCCUACAGAUGGCAUUUAGUACCAGCUAUCCCCCUAUAGAUGACAGUACCAGCUAUCCCCCUAUAGAUGGCAUUUAGUACCAGCUAUCCCCCUAUAGAUGACAUUAGUGCCAGCUAUCCCUCUAUAGAUUGCAUUAGUAUCAGCUAUCCCCCUAUAGAUAGCAUUUAGUACCAGCUAUCCCCCUAUAGAUGACAUUAGUACCAGCUAUCCCCCUAUAGAUGACAUUAGUACCAGCUAUCCCCCUAUAGAUGGCAUUAGUACCAGCUAUCCCCUAUAGAUGGCAUUAGUACCAGCUAUCCCCCUAUAGAUGGCAUUUAGUACCAGCUAUCCCCCUAUAGAUGACAUUAGUACCAGCUAUCCCCUAUAGAUGACAUUAGUACCAGCUAUCCCCCUAUAGAUGGCAUUUAGUACCAGCUAUCCCCCUAUAGAUGACAUUAGUACCAGCUAUCCCCCUAUAGAUGGCAUUAGUACCAGCUAUCCCCCUAUAGAUUGCAUUAGUACCAGCUAUCCCCCUAUAGAUUGCAUUAGUACCAGCUAUCCCCCUAUAGAUGACAUUAGUACCAACUAUCCCCCUAUAGAUGGCAUUUAGUACCAGCUAUCCCUCUGUAGAUGGCAUUAGUGCCAGCUAUCCCUCUAUAGAUGGCAUUAGUAUCAGCUAUCCCCCUAUAGAUGGCAUUUAGUACCAGCUAUCCCCUUACAGAUGACAUUAGUAGCAGCUAUCCCCUUACAGAUGGCAUUUAGUACCAGCUAUCCCUCUGUAGAAGGCAUUAGUGCCAGCUAUCCCUCUAUAGAUGGCAUUAGUAUCAGCUAUCCCCCUAUAGAUGGCAUUUAGUACCAGCUAUCCCCUUACAGAUGACAUUAGUACCAGCUAUCCCCUUACAGAUGGCAUUAGUACCAGCUAUCCCCCUAUAGAUGGCAUUUAGUACCAGCUAUCCCCUUACAGAUGACAUUAGUACCAGCUAUCCCCCUAUAGAUGGCAUUUAGUACCACCUGUUCUCCAAUAGAAUGCUUUAGUAUGGGUUAUUACUUAUAGAUCGCAUUAGUGCCAACUAUUCUCUAUAAAUUAGUAUUAGAUUGGCAUUAGUGCCAGCUAUUUCAUAUAGAUUAGUUUGACAUUAGUACCUUUCAUGUUAUUGUUAUGUAAAUGCCAAUUGCAUUAAGCUUUUAUUAAUGAAUGUAUUUGCAGUCAUCAUGAUAAAUUAUGGAUUGUUGGCUGAAAAGAGGAAAGAACAAGGGGCUAAAAUCUCUGGGUGAUUUUUGUAUAAAUUUGUAGAAGCUCAGCUCUGAUACUGUACAAUUCACUAAUGCUAAUAUAUACCCUAAUACAUACUAGACCAUGCAUCACUAGAUGCCGAACCCUAUUUUAAUUGGUGGGGCCCCUGAAAUGAUUGUCAAUACUCGUAAGAUCCAACUUACAGGAAUAAAAAUGUAACCAUGUAUAACCUCAAACACUGUAACCAAUCACAUAUAUUAAUUAUUAAAUGCACAAUAAGGGACUUCAUUGCAGCAAAUCGAUCCUGAUGGUUUAAUUAUUUCAUUGAAUUUAGCAUUGCUUUAAAAUGUGUUAAUUUGAUUUUUUUAAAGGAUUGAUCCCGACUCCCCUAGAUUAAAAUGCAAAUUGCAGGGUACCACGGCUUCUUGUGUUAAAUAGUUCGGUUCUCCAGUGGGUGAAUGAGGUUCUCCAAGAAAACAGGUUACACUACAUUACAGAUAACACCAGGUUAGCAUUAACAUGCACUAACCAAGACCAAUGAGCCAUUGACACUCAUGCCAAAGUGUAGCCUUGACCUGUGAUUAAAAUAUUGCAUAACUGAGACCCACAGGAUUAUUCACUAUAGUGAGAAUUCAAAGUGAAUUUCUAAUAUAAGGCCAAAGUAGCCACGUUGAAAGCAUAGCUGACUUUAUUCUGGUUCAGCUAAUUUGACCUUAAGUUUACAAAUUACUUUGAAUUCGCACUCUAGACAAUUACCCUACCUGUGCUUAGGAACCCGUAACCUUUUUCAGUCUUCCAUUGCAAGACUGGGAGUGUGUGAAGUUUAGAUACCACCCACAUCCUGUGUCACUCAUUGUUUAAUGCUGGUCCCAGUCCUUGUCAUUGGAUGGAUAAUGAAACAUAUUGGGGUUCUGGGCAUAAUUUGACAUCUUCAAAAGCAGCACUCUGCAGCCACAGGCCCCUUAAAUUUUUUUAGAAAAUGUUUCUCAUAAAUGUUUGCCAGCCCUUUCAUUUUCUGACCCAUGAAUCUCUGUCCUAAACUAGGGGAGGAUUCACCAGAAAGACACAGCGCCACAAUGAGUCGAGAGCCUUCCUGGACUUCAAGCAGCCGGGCACGUAGUAUCCCACCGAGGAUCAGCACUUCAUCGCCAGGUAGGGGCAAGGGAUACAUUUCACAUGAUGUAUUACAGACCAUCAGCGAUGUACUAGCCAUGAUAUCCGAUCCCUCCGGUACGUCCUCUAGGCGUAAUAUCCCAUCCUUCAGACAUGUCCUCCAGAUGUAAUAUCCAAUCCCUUUGGCAUUUCCUCCAUAUAUAAUAUCCAAUCUCUCCUGUAUUUCCUCUAUUUAUAAUAUCCAAUCCAUCCAGUAUGUCCUCCAGACGUAAUAUCCAAGCCCACUGGCAUGUCUUCCAUACAUAAUAUCUCAUGCCACCGGCAUAUCCUCCAGACGUAAUAUCCGAUCUCACCAGCAUGUCCUUCAGAUGUAAUAUCCAAUCGCUCCGGCAUGUCCUCCAGAUGUAAUAUCCAAUCCCACCUGCAUAUCCUCCAGACGUAAUAUCCCACCAACAUGUCCUUCAGAUGUAAUAUCCAAUCUCUCCGGCAUGUCCUUCAGAUGUAAUAUCCAAUCUCUCCGGCAUGUCCUUCAGAUGUAAUAUCCAAUCUCUCCGGCAUGUCCUUCAGAUGUAAUAUCCAAUCUCUCCGGCAUGUCCUACAGAUGUAAUAUCAGUUCCCUCCGACCUGUCCUCCAGACGUAAUAUCCAAGCCCACCGGCAUGUCUUCCAUACAUAAUAUCUCAUCCCACCGACAUAUCCUUCAGAUGUAAUAUCCGAUCUCACCAGCAUGUCCUUCAGAUGUAAUAUCCAAUCCGUUUGGCAUUUCCUCCAUAUAUAAUAUCCAACCUCUCCUGUAUUUCCUCUAGUCAUAAUAUCCAAUCCAUCCGGUAUGUCGAUCUCCUCCAACAUGUCCUCCAGACAUAAUAUCUGAUCACUCUGGCAUGUUCUCCAGACGUAAUAUCUGAUCACUCCGGCAUGUCCUGCAGACAUAACAUUCAAUCCCACCAGCUUGUCCCCCAGACAUAAAAUCUUAUUCCAUUAGCAUGUCCUCAAGACGUAAUAUCCAAUAGCACCGGCAUGUCUUCCAGAUAUAAUAUCUGAUUCCACUGUCUUGUCCUCUAGAUGUAAUAUCCAGUCCCACCAGCAUAUCCUCCAGAAGUGUUAUAGAUUCCUCCGACAUGUUCUUCAGAUGUAAUAUCCGAUCCCUUCAGACAUUAUUUCCGAUCCAUUUGUCAGGUCAUCCAGAUGUAAAACCCAAUUCCACCAGCAUGUCCUUAAGACAUAUUAUCCAAUCCGUCCAGAAUGUCCUCCAGAUGUAAUAUCCAAUCCCUCCGACAUGUCCCCCAGACCUAAUAUCCGAUCCCACCAGUUUGUCCUCCAGAUGUAAUAUCCAAUCUCUCCGGCAUGUCCUCAACGUAAUGUCUUAUACCUCCGGCAUGUCCUCCAAAUGUAUUAUAGAUUCCUCCGACAUGUCCUCCAGAUGUAUUAUCCAAUCCCACCGGCAUAUCCUCCAGACGUAAUAUCCGAUCCCACUGGCAUGUCCUUCAGAUGUAAUAUCCAAUCUCUCCGGCAUGUCCUCCAGAUGUAAUUUCAGUUCCCUCCGACCUGUCCUCCAGACGUAAUAUCCAAGCCCACCGGCUUGUCUUCCAUACAUAAUAUCUCAUCCCACCGGCUUAUCCUCCAUACAUAAUAUCUCAUCCCACCGGCUUAUCCUCCAGACGUAAUAUCCGAUCCCUCCGACCUGUCCUCCAGACGUAAUAUCUAAGCCCACCAGAAUGUCUUCCAUACAUAAUAUCUCAUCCCACCGGCAUAUCCUCCAGACGUAAUAUCCGAUCUCUCCGGCAUGUCCUUAAGAAUAUUGCACCAUAAUUAAUCAAUUUUUUUUGGCAUCAGUGACCUAAUAAAGAUAGCAGAAAUUUUUUGUAUGAAGCAGCAAACCUAGAUUGCUCAGUAUUCUGGGAGCUAGAUAAAACGAAUAUUGCACCAUAAUUAAUCAAUUGUUUUUGGCAUCAGUGACCUAAUAAAGAUAGCAGAAAUUUUUUGUAUGAAGCAGCAAACCUAGAUUGCUCAGUAUUCUGGGAGCUAGAUAAAACGCAAUUAAUGAACCUAAGCUCUGAGUCAUAGCUUAUAGAGUCUUGCACAGGAGCCCGCUUUAGGCGUUUUGUUUCUUGAGUGUAGCUGUGCUUGCUAGGAUCAGUCACUCCAUCUACAUCCAUGCUGUUGGCUGUACAGCUCAAGAAGCAAGUGGUAGUAUGUGAAUCACUUCCUGAGUUAUCACCACUGUCCACAUUUGUCACUUGUGGAGAUGAUGAAUGAGACUGUUCGCUGUGCAUUUGAGUCCUGUAAUAUCCAAUCGCUCUGGCAUGUCCUCCAGAUGUAAUAUCCAAUCCCACCGGCAUAUCCUCCAGACGUAAUAUCCGAUCCCACCAGCAUGUCCUUCAGAUGUAAUAUCCAAUUUCUACGGCAUGUCCUCCAGAUGUAAUAUCAGUUCCCUCCAAUCUGUCCUCCAGACAUAAUAUCCAAGCCCACCGGCAUGUCUUCCAUACAUAAUAUCUCAUCCCACUGGCAUGUCCUCCAGACGUAAUAUGCAAUCACUCCCUCACCAGCAGCGCGUUACCGACCAAUCAAUACCGAACAAACAAUAGUUAGGUUGCCUUACUCCCUGUAUUUAAAAAUAUGUGUCUGUGGGGUCAGGAGAAUAAAAUUAAAUGUAGACAUGCACCCUGAUUGCUGUAUUUCUCUCUAUUCAGUAACUCGUCACCUCCAUCUUAGCUGGCUGUCGGUCAUUUUUAUAAGCUAUGUCCUAUGCACCUGGCAGUCAGCAGAGAGGAGGAGAAAUUAAACUAUAUUUGUGUUUCUCCUCCAAUGCAAUGUGUGCCUUGGUGGUGCCAGGACUGAAUUGGAUUGUGAUGUCACUAGUUAAAUCUUUAAUAUAAAUUUAUAAUAAAAUGGAGCAUCAUCUUAGAAGAAGGUUUACCCAACCUUUAGUCACAUUUUUAAACUUCCCUCAAAGACUGAGUAAUACAAUUCAAGGUGAUCUGUCUGCAGGGUUACUGCUUUGUCUCCCUCUAGUGAUAGAAUGUAUGUGACGCAGAGGAAAUCUUUUUUUAACAGUCAAGAUUACAGAUGAAUAUUUUAGAAUUCAGUCAAUUUAAAUUUUAGACUAAUUAUUUUUUUAAUAUAAAGUUUGAUUAUUUUAAUUUGUUUUUUGGAACACUCUGUAUAUAAAUAUAUUUAUUACGUUAGAUGUGUUCCUUACUAGUUCUAGAUUCAGGACUCUUGCUUUGUUAACAGAUGAAUAAAUAAAUGUAAAGAUUGAGAAGGGUAAGUUAAAUGUAGCGCUGGGGCAGUCUCUCAAUGCAGGCCGUUCCACCCAUUGUGAGGUCAUCAGUCAGGCUGAUCUGUGCUCAAAUCCAAAGCUUUUCAUAGAGAGAUGUUGCAGCAUUUUGCCAAAUAUGCAGAAUAUUAAAGGGGCACUCUAAGCACUAAAACAACUUUAGCUUAAUAAACCAUUUUGGUGUAUAGAUCACUGCAGUUUCAUUACACAAAUCUCUGGCAUUUAGGAGUUGAAUCAUUGGUGUUUCUGUUUAUGCAGCCCUAGCCAAACUUCCCCUGGAUGUGAUCAUACAGCAAAGUGUGUUUACUUUAGAAGUUAACACCUCUGUUAAUUGAACUUUAAUCACACACAGGAGGCUCCUGAAGGCUCUUAGCAGACUAUUACCAUAGCAGGAGAUAAGAAAUUCUGUAAUAAGCAGAAUGUACAGUAAAGAGGUUUAAACAUUAGAUCUCUCUUUACAGGAAGUGUGUAGGUAGGCUAUAUGAGUUUCAUUCUGGUGAGGACUGCAUAAACAAAGUGAUUUAACUCCUAAAUGGCAGAGAAUUGAGCAGUCAGACUGCGUGGACAUGAUCUAUACACUAGAACUAUGCUAACUUUAUUCUUGUGUGUCUCUAUAGCAAACCAAUUACAUAUUUGCCCUGUAAUCAUGCCUUCGUCACUGCAUUAAUUCCAGUGUAUUUUUCCUUUUUAGGGGCGUAUGAGUGUGGAAUUUGUCGGAAGAAGUACAAGUAUUAUAACUGUUUUCAGACGCAUGUCCGAGCGCACAUAGGUAAAUCUCCCGUGUUCUUGACAAGUAAGGCACACGUCCGAUUACCUGCUCUGUGAUUGGUGUUUUUGCGUGUGAAAGAGUCCUGUUAAUUCAGUUCUAAAAAACAGCAUUGUAGAGAGGAUAGUCAUGGAACAGACAGAGAAAGACUGUGGAAAUUAUUUUAGUGCCUGCUCAUGUUGCCACCAGAGAUGUUCUAACUGAACAAGUUGCAUUUGAUGAAACUUUAAAACUAAUGUAUCUCAGCUAUGUUUCCAGCUAAUGUUUUUCUUUAAAAACCAAAGAAAAGGUUACCUGCGCUCUCUCUCCUAAAUCCCUAUGUAUAUUUAAAUAAAUGCAGGUUAUUUAGUAAUAUGGCAAUUGGAGGGAAUGCCCGCCUGCCAACGUCAAGGCAGACCCCCCUAGACGGGUCCUACUCUGACCCUUCAGCCUGCUUCCUUGAGCUUCUGGCAAAGAUAUCUCUAAUGAGACAGAAAGGGGUAAUUUUUAUAUUCACCCCUAUAUACUUAUUAACCCUUAAUAGGGAACACAUGGGAUCGGCGGCAGCAUUAUAACCUAUGUGAUACAAAAAGUGAAUACAAAUACCCAGCAUUAUAACCUAGCUAUGUGAUACAAAAAGUGAAUACAAAUACCAAAAAAACAAGUCCUGCGCUCACUCCCAUCACUCCUGGGCGGCAGCAACGACCACAGUACACAUUAGCCCCAAUACAUACAGUAAAAACCAAAGAAAAAGUUACCUGCGCUCUCUCCUUAAUCCCUAUGUAUAUUUAAACAAAUGGAGGUCAUUUAGUUACUCCAAUAGCCAUUGGAGGGAAUGCCCGCCUGCCAAACUAAAUGACCUCCAUUUGUUUAAAUAUACAUAGGGAUUUAGGAGAGAGCGCAGGUAACUUUUUCUUUGGUCAUCAUUUCUAAUGCUCUCACCCUGCAAGGUGUUGUCCACAUCCACAUGGUGGGCCUAAUUGUUUUAUUAUUUAACUGGUCUGUAUCCAUCUUGAAAUUUCUCUUUCAUUUUGACUGCGCCAAUUUCAGUUGUCAGAACUAGGUCCAAUGUGGAGGUCACUUUGGAGUAUAGUGAAUAUGGGGAGAUUUGUGUGAAAUUAAACUACAAAGGCUCCCUCAAAGCAUUUCUUGGAUACUUGAUUACACUGUAACUGUUGUAAAUUGACAUUUAUUCAAACUUCCAUUUACCAUAAGAACAUUUAAAGGGAACAAUUUAAAAUGGGCAGUGUGCUUUUAAAGGAUGACAAAUCAGAGCAUCACGUGUUCUCAAGCAUCCACCAUCACCUCUGUAUAACUAAUAACAGCGUGAGAAUAGAAUUAUUGCAUAAUACUAAUUCAUUCUAACCUGUAUUAAUAAAAAUUGAAAUGAAUUAAUAAACUGAAAAUCAGAUCAUCUCAAUCAGUUGGCAUAAACAGAAAGAAUUGAGCUGGGAAAAGGGAGCGUGCUAUGUGAAGGGGAAAUUAUUGAUUUACAUUGUCAUCCUCCACGGAAAAUAUCUCAAACACCGUGAUUAAAAUGUGUAAUUAAAUCCUAUCGGCCAAACAGAGAGAUCUGAGCUUUAGAGAAACCAACUGCUUGGAAGAUGGUGUAAUUAGAGCGUUAGAUGCAGACAGAGAAUUCAUCAGGAUAAGAAAAGUCCCUUUAUUGGACCUUUUAGAUUAUUAAUGUACGUUCCUGCAUCAAAGAGAUUAUCUUCUAACCGCUCUAAUAUCAUUGGAUGGGAUUCAAGCAGGAUUUUAUAUGCAAAAUGGGAGUUUUUUCAUUUAUUUAUAAAAUACGCUGUAACAGCUUUAAAAUGCACGCCAAAUGAAAUCAUUAUUUUCUCAGCCAAAUCAUAGCGCCUCAUAUUCCCACAUAUUAAAUCGUUUGCUGAAGUUCCCCUGUGUGUGGCUCUUGGCUGUCCAUCCUUUAAAGGGACAGUAAACCCAGUAUCCCAUUACAUUGGUAGAUAAUGCCAAUAAAUGUGUGUUAACCUUCACCUAAUACAAGUAAUCCCAGCAAUGCCUGGCAUUCUGUGCAGCUUUUUACAUCUGCAAGAUCACUCCAUUGAUCACUAAAGUGAGAAUAUUUUUGACAAUUCUAAGUAUGUUUCAAAUAUAAGGCCAAAGCAGCAAAUCUGAAUAAAAAUUCAGCUUCCAGUUUGGUUACCUUUGCCUUAAAUUCCUGAGACAUCUUCCUUUAACCCACCUUAAAGUAGUCGUGAUUGACAGCUGUAAAGAUCUGUAGAAACAUAUAUGUUCACCCAGUCAUGUACGGUGAUAGCCAUUGACCCGUUAAUCUAUAUAAUGCUUUUCUGAAAGGUUCACAGGGAAGAGGAUUAGAAAAUGAAGCUGUCUUACCCAUUCUCUGAGUUGUAAAGAACUGUUUUUAGCACUGCAGGAUGCCCCUGUAAAUAGUUGGCCUCACCAACCUUUACUGAUCAUUAAGUUCCCCUCGGCUUGCCAUUGGGGAAACACGUGGCUGUGUUAUAUCAUCAUAUUUAAAUACAGCUAAUCUUGCUUAAUGGAAGAAUUAAAUGUGUCUUCCAUAGAGCUUCAUUAGUUUAGUAGGUUAACUAAGGGGUAAAUUACCAUCUAGAGAUUACAAUAAUUAUCAACACAUUUAUGGCUGCCAGUGUCAGUGUGACCACAAUCUAACCAUGACCAUUAUCAGUGAAAGGGGGCAAUAUACCUUAUAUUAAACAUCCACGCUUAAACAAUGACAAUCGCGCUGCAGAAGAGUUAUCAGAAACACUUCACUAAUUCAACAACAACAAGGAUUUUCUGACAGUUAACCAAUACCAUGAAUUCUGCAAUAUAACGCUACAAACAUCUCCACUGAUCUAGCCUGCAAGCAACUAUCCCUAUAGUAUUGUAAGAAUAAAAUAAGAAAUACAUAUCAACACUAUGCAACAUAUCCUAUAUGUAUAUAGCUAAGGACAUGCAGGAAUAACGAUUAAUGGUACACGAGUCACCCAUUAUCAUCACCAAUGCACUGUACCAGGAAUCGGACAGGAUGGAUUCAUUUUGUUUGUUGUUAACCUUGUGAUUUCUCCGUAAAUAAAUAAGGCAAGCCCUUGUUCUAUACCCAAAAACCUGUCUAGUCGUGCCCUCGUUCCAUACCCGAAUACCUGGCUGAACGUGGCCUCAUUCCAUACCCGAAGGAGCGUGUCCUCAUUUCAUACCCGGCUGAACGUGGCCUCAUGCCGUACCCGAAUACCCGACUGGGCGUGGCCUCAUUUCAUACCUGGCUGGGCGUGGCCUCAUUCCGUACCCGAAUACCCGACUGGGCGUGGCCUCAUUCCAUACCCGGCUGAGCGUGGCCUCAUUUCAUACCCGGCUGAGAGUGGCCUCAUUUAAUACCCGGCUGGGCGUGGCCUAAUGCCAUACCCGAAUACCCGACUGGGCAUGGCCUCAUUCCAUACCUGGCUGAGCGUGGCCUCAUUCCAUACCCGGCUGAGCGUGGCCUCAUUUCAUACCCGGCUGAGCGUGGCCUCAUUUCAUACCCGGCUGAGCGUGGCCUCAUUUCAUACCCGGCUGAGCGUGGCCUCAUUUCAUACCCAGCUGAGCGUGGUCUCAUUUCAUACCUGGCUGGGCGUGGCCUCAUGCCGUACCCGAAUACCCGACUGGGCAUGGCCUCAUUCCAUACCUGGCUGAGCGUGGCCUCAUUCCAUACCCGGCUGAGCGUGGCCUCAUUUCAUACCCGGCUGAGCGUGGCCUCAUUUCAUACCCGGCUGAGCGUGGCCUCAUUUCAUACCCGGCUGGGCGUGGCCUCAUACCAUACCCGGCUGAGCGUGGCCUCAUUUCAUACCCGGCUGAGCGUGGCCUCAUUUCAUACCCGGCUGAGCAUGGCUUUAUUCCAUACCCUGCUUAGUGUGGCCUCAUUUCAUACCCGAAUACCCGACUGGGCGUGGCCUCAUUCCAUACCCGGCUGAGCGUGGCCUCAUUUCAUACCCUGCUGAGCGUGGCCUCAUUCCAUACCCGAAGGAGCGUGUCCUCAUUUCAUACCCGGCUGAGCGUGGCCUCAUUUCAUACCCGGCUGAGCGUGGCCUCAUGCCAUACCUGAAUACCCGGCUGAGCGUGGCCUCAUUCCAUAACCGGCUGAGCGUGGCCUCAUUCCAUAACCGGCUGAGCGUGGCCUCAUGCCAUAACCGGCUGAGCGUGGCCUCAUGCCAUACCCGAAUACCCGACUGGGCGUGGCCUCAUUCCAUACCCAGCUGAGUGUGGACUCAUUUCAUACCCGGCUGGGCGUGGCCUCAUGCCGUACCCGAAUACAGACUGGGCGUGGCUACAUGCUUCAGGCUGUGCGCGGCCUCAUUCCUUACCUGCAUACCCCUCUUGUCUGCCCACCCCUGAUUCUUGAGUCUUGGCUAGCAUCUGAACGUACUGCUGCCUGGAUGUUCUCACACUGUGCAUUGGUGGCACAUUGCUCUGUUCUGCAAAAAUAGAGUUAAACCAAACCUACAUCUAUUACAGCUGCUUAUUUCCAUAUUUAUUGCUCAUUAUGUUAUAGCAUUAAUUUAAUCCCAUGUAUCCUUUAUUCCUAUCUUGCUGAUGCUAUUUAUCUCUCAUUAUAACUAGAGUACUGUCAGGUAAUAAAACACAUUGUGCGUGCGGCAAAGUUUCUGUAACAGCAGGACGCCAUUAUGAAGACAUUAUAGAAUCAUUCCUCUGGCAGAAUCUCCCUGGGAUUCGCUGUGUUCAGUAAAUUAAGUUAAAUUGUAUCCUCCGUGUCUUGUCAAUAUCAAGAGAUCACAUAUACCAUAAACAAAGAACGAUUUUCCAAACAUUUUAGCCAAACCGAAAGCAUGGCUGAUUUGGCUAGUUUGGCUACUGCAGCCUAAAAGGUGGAAUUCACUGUACAUUUGUAACAUUGCACGCUCUAGUAAACAACCCUGAUAGUCAGCAAGGCAAGGGUGAUAUCUUGCCUUUCUGCUUUAUGUCUUUUAUAUUAUUAAAUUCAUAGAAGUAAUCGCUUGCUUUAUUUCUUAUAUUUUAUCUGAGCCGUACAUGAUAUUUGUUGCAGGGAAUUAAAAUAAUUUGUAGUAAAAUGUAGUUGUCUGUACAUUCAAUCUCACUUUAUGCCAUUGUUUAUGGGUUCUGGCAUCGAUCUAUAUGAUCCGGAUCACCUAGCAUGCCCCUGGCUUCCUGUCCCUGAUUGGCUGAACUCUGUCAGUCUUUUUAAAUAGAUGUCAGAUUUAUUUUUAUCUGGCACAAGACUCGGUGAUGGCAUCAGAUUCAUUGCUUCUCUCUGCUUUCAAAUCGGAUUCAUUGCUUCUCUCAGCGUUGGAUCGGAUUCAUUGCUUCUCUCAGCGUUGGAUCGGAUUCAUUGCUUCUCUCAGCGUUAUAUCGGAUUCAUUGUUUCUCUCAGCGUUGGAUCGGAUUCAUUGCUUCUCUCAGCGUUGGAUCAGAUUCAUUGCUUCUCUCAGCGUUAUAUCGGAUUCAUUGUUUCUCUCAGCGUUGGAUCGGAUUCAUUGCUUCUCUCAGCGUUAUAUCGGAUUCAUUGCUUCUCUCCGCUUUCAAAUCGGAUUCAUUGCUUCUCCCAGCGUUAUAUCGGAUUCAUUGCUUCUCUCAGCGUUAUAUCGGAUUCAUUGCUUCUCUCAGCGUUGGAUCGGAUUCAUUGCUUCUCUCAGCGUUAUAUCGGAUUCAUUGCUUCUCUCAGCGUUAUAUCGGAUUCAUUGCUUCUCUCAGCGUUAUAUCAGAUUCAUUGCUUCUCUCAGCGUUGGAUCGGAUUCAUUGCUUCUCUCAGCGUUGGAUCGGAUUCAUUGCUUCUCUCCGCUUUCAAAUCAGAUUCAUUGCUUCUCCCAGCGUUAUAUCAGAUUCAUUGCUUCUCUCAGCGUUGGAUCGGAUUCAUUGCUUCUCUCAGCGUUGGAUCGGAUUCAUUGCUUCUCUCAGCGUUGGAUCGGAUUCGUUGCUUCUCUCAGCGUUGGAUCGGAUUCAUUGCUUCUCUCAGCGUUGGAUCAGAUUCAUUGCUUCUCUCAGCGUUAUAUCAGAUUCAUUGCUUCUCUCGGCGUUAUAUCAGAUUCAUUGCUUCUCUCAGCGUUAUAUCGGAUUCAUUGCUUCUCUCAGCGUUAUAUCGGAUUCAUUGCUUCUCUCAGCGUUAUAUCGGAUUCAUUGCUUCUCUCAGCGUUAUAUCGGAUUCAUUGCUUCUCUCAGCGUUGGAUCGGAUUCAUUGCUUCUCUCAGCGUUAUAUCGGAUUCAUUGCUUCUCUCAGCGUUAUAUCGGAUUCAUUGCUUCUCUCAGCGUUAUAUCAGAUUCAUUGCUUCUCUCAGCGUGGAUCGGAUCGGAUCGGAUCAUUGCUUCUCUCUCAGCUCUCAGCGUUGAUCGGAUUCAUUAUUCAUUGCUUUCUCUCCAGCUUUCGCUUCAAUUGCUUCAGCGCUAUAUCAGGAUCUAUUGCUUCUCUCAGCGCUAUAUCGGAGCUUCAUUCAUUGCUUCUCAGCGUUGGAUCGGAUUCGCUUGCUUCCUCAGCGCGAUCGGAUUCAUUGUUUCUCUCAGCGCUGGAUCGGAUUCAAUGCUUCUCUCAGCGCUUGGAUCGGAUUCGUUUUCUCUCAGCGUUGGAUCGGAUUCAUUGCUUCUCUCAGCGUUGCGGAUUCGCUUCUCAGCGUUAUAUCGGAUUCAUUGCUUCUUCAGCGAUAUCGAUUCAUUGCUUCUCUCUGCGUUGGAUCGGAUUCAUUGCUUCUCUCAGCGUUAUAUCAGAUUCAUUGUUUCUCUCAGCGUUGGAUCGGAUUCAUUGCUUCUCUCAGCGUUAUAUCGGAUUCAUUGCUUCACUCAGCGUUGGAUCGGAUUCAUUGCUUCUCUCAGCGUUGGAUCGGAUUCAUUGCUUCUCUCAGCGUUAUAUCGGAUUCAUUGUUUCUCUCAGCGUUGGAUCGGAUUCAUUGCUUCUCUCAGCGUUGGAUCGGAUUCAUUGCUUCUCUCAGCGUUAUAUCGGAUUCAUUGCUUCUCUCAGCGUUGGAUCAGAUUCAUUGCUUCUCUCUGCUUUGGAUCGGAUUCAUUGUUUCUCUCUGCUUUGGAUCGGAUUCAUUGUUUCUUGUAUCGAGGAAUUGGAUUCUGUGCUUCUCAUAGAGCUCUGAAAUCUCCCUUUCGUGCCGCAGUCACACAGUAGGAGGCGCUCACAGAUCACUCUGUACUGUGUAAGCUGGGAAAGCUCUCUAAAUUCUAGUGCAGGGCAUGUGUGACCUUUAAAACAUAUAAGAAGUAAAAUAACUUUAGUUGUAGACUGUGCAAAACCAAACAAUAAUACAUAAUUCUCAGAAAUAGAUAAUAAGGUAACAAAAAAACAUUUAUAAAGUAAAAGAACCUUGGUAGGAAACUCACUGCAUUUGAGUGGAAUAUGAGCCACCGCCACUUGAGUAACUCUGGAGGGAUCAAACUUCUUGUGAUCUUUGGAUCCAGCAUUAUAAACCAGAAUACUCGACCAGGACUAAUAUUUCUUGCAAUAAUUACAAACUUUCAAAUGAAAAAAAGCAGACUGCAGGAUGUAGACUAUUCUGAAACAGAGUAGCAGCCGGAUGUCUCUCGCAGUGUAACAGAGCUUAGCUAAGUGGAUCUGCCAGAAUCGAACUGCUGACCGUUUCAGUAACUCAGUCGUAGCCAUCAGACGCCUCUUGCAAUGUGUCUCCCCUGCAGCAGUCCGGUGUCAGCCCACACUGUGUGAGGCGUCUGGUGGCUACUGAGUUACCGAAACGGUGAUACAGCUCGGACUCUGUUACACUGAGAGAGAGAUCAUUCCUGGUCCACUAUUCUGGUUUAUAAAGGUGGAUCCAACGAUCACAGGAAGUUUGAUCCCUCCAGAGUUAGUCAAGUGAGAGUGGCUCAUAUUCCACUCGAAUAACGUGAGUUCACUACGAAAGUGCUUUUACUUCUCAUAUGUUUUUUUUGUUUGCUUAUUAUCUAUUUAUAAGAAUUUUGUCUGCAGCACUUUGUAUUAUUGCUUGAUUAUGCACAGAUUGUUUUUAUUCAGUUUUAGGGAGUCUGUACUGAGUACUGAUGACUUAAAGGUAGGCAGACAAUGUAAUAGAGCAGCAGGAAAUGCUAGCAGAAUGCUUGGUUGUAUAGGGAGAGGUAUUAGCAGUAGAAAGAGGGAAGUGCUCAUGCCAUUGUACAGAACACUGGUGAGACCUCACUUGGAGUAUUGUACACAGUACUGGAGACCGUAUCUUCAGAAGGAUAUUGAUACCUUAGAGAGGGUUCAGAGAAGGGCUACUAAACUGGUUCAUGGAUUGCGGGAUAAAACUUACCAGGAAAGGUUAAAGGAUCUUAACAUGUAUAGCUUGGAGGAAAGACGAGACAGGGGGGAUAUGAUAGAAACAUUUAAAUAUAUAAAGGGAAUCAACACAGUAAAGGAGGAGACUAUAUUUAAAAGAAGAAAAACUACCACAACAAGAGGACAUAGUCUUAAAUUAGAGGGACAAAGGUUUAAAAAUAAUAUCAGGAAGUAUUACUUUACUGAGAGGGUAGUGGAUGCAUGGAAUAGCCUUCCAGCUGAAGUGGUAGAGGUUAACACAGUAAAGGAGUUUAAGCAUGCGUGGGAUAGGCAUAAGGCUAUCCUAACUAUAAGAUAAGGCUAGGGACUAAUGAAAGUAUUUAGAAAAUUGGGCAGACUAGAUGGGCCGAAUGGUUCUUAUCUGCCGUCACAUUCUAUGUUUCUAUGUACUCGCUUCUCCCCUAUCACUGAUUUUAAAUUAUCAUUAAAAGUUCAUUUUUAUAUUUGUUUUGUUAUUUUUUGGUCCGGGCAAAUCUUUCUUCUUUCUUCUUUUUUGUCUGUCACACUCAGGGUCCAUAGUCGGACGCCAUUUCUUCUCCCACCUUGUUCUUAAGUUUCAGAUUUUUUUUCCACGUAUUUUUGGUGAACGAAAUUGUGGAACAAUAAGAGCUUUCUAAUUAAACCUUAAAGCGAUGCACACGUAUUACUCCAUCCUCACUCACUGGUACUUUAAACUUUGUUUUCACGUCUAUAUUUUGUUAUUGUGUAUUUCAGUUUAGGGUUAAUGAAGCGUUAGGGGUAACAUAGGGUUACGGUUAGUUAGAGUUAAAGGAAGCAAUGGGUUAGCGAUAGGAUUGGCAUUAACGAUUACAAAUGAUAGAUCCGAGACACCAGGACUAAUACUUGAAUCGAUUGUGAGUUCUUUUUCACUAGUUGCUCUUGAUGUGUAAAAGAUAUUAUAAGCAAAACUGUGAUAAAUGUGUGUUUCCAUUUUUUUUUUUUUUAAUGUUUAAUAUUUUAUUUAAACUUCAUGUUGUGUUAAAACCAUACAGGAUAUUAAAACCAUAUCUUUCCUUUUAAAGAACAAUAUUUAAUAUGUAUGGGUGCACUUAAAGUGGAACAAACACAUAGUGCAAAUUCUAGGUUUUGGUUCAGAAGUUGGGCAAUUACCUCCGUCCUUAAGGGGGUAAUAAAAUUAUGUUUGGGGCAAAUUAGCACUAAUUGUGCCUGGGCUCAAGGAUAAGCCCCCAGUAAUUGCUUAAGUGGACGGUAUUCCAGUAAUGGAUGAACUUAUUGCACUAGUUCAUUUUAAAACACAUCGUCUCCCUGGCCAGAGUAUUGGGGAGACCAGGCCCCGCCACCCUUCUCGCGUACUUCCUUUAAAUCUAUCUUACUUUGUUUGCAGUGUUUUAUCACGUGUUACUUUAUACUGUGCGCUAAUUUGGCCCUAAUUUAUUGAGCUGUACAAAAUGUCGGACAUUUUGUUGCACAUGUGACGAGUUUAUUUCUCUUUUACUGUCCGUAUUUUCAAUGUGCAGAGUUAUCGCCAGUGAAAACCAUAUGAACUAAAGGGGAAUUUUUUUCCCCCUGAUAAAUCCUAUAGAUGUCAUGAUAAAAGAUAAAUCUAAACUUAUUCAAUACUCUAAUCCUUUCCACAAUUCUUUUUUUUUCUCUCCAGACAAUGAAACUGGCUCAGGUGAAGGUGCAUCACAGGGAAGUAAGUAUGGCAUCACCUAAUAGAUUUAAAUGACUUUGUUGGAAUACUCACAAUGUGACUGCGUAUUACUGCACCGUCCUGCUUUCACUCAUUUAACCUAUUAACAGCAAAGGGUCAAUGACAUUCUAAUGUCCCCUGUAGUGUAAGAGUAGGGUAGGUGUUCAGGUAACCAAUUCAGAAUAUACAUGGUGCGUUUUUCUGUAAUGAUUGAGUGAAGCCGGCCAUCUUGGACCUGCAUCACAUACUACAAACUUUAGGAGGAAGGUAGUGAUUAAAUUAAUAACAAAGACUCUGUUUAGCACAAAUUCAGACUGCAGCCAGUUAGAACCUAGGAUUUCCCAUGUUGAGCUAAUCGGCUUCUAGCAUCCCACCGUGCGUGGAAGAAGACAUAUUGCUGCUUGAUGCAGAGUGCCCACUGGAAGUCCAAUGUAGGUAGGCACCUUUUAUUCCUUAAUCAUAAACAUUAAAAGGAAAGUGCCCUUACAUCUUUAAUAUUUAUCACAGCAACAGAGGGCCAGUUUUAAGCAUAAAAUGGUGGUGCACAGAGAAAUAAAACCACUUCCAGUAAUACAGAAAUAUUAUCAGGCCCCUGCAUCGCCCGACUUAUCAGGGCUCAAGGGCCAUCCUCAGCAUUUAAUAAAUGUCUUCACAGCUCUGAGUGUGUCUCAUGUGGGUCCUUAAACAGACUAAGCAGCCCCAGGUGGGUGUCUUUUAGGCCCACCCGUAUUUCUAAAAUAAAACCUAAAACGUGGAAUUGGAGAUUAAUUUAUUGCAGCAAUCUCAUUGUAUUCAUUUCAUACAAAGUACAGUUCUACGCUAAACCUGUUUGAAAAGUCAAUACAGAUUGUGUUGUGUGCCUUUGCAGCCGGCGCUGUGUGUUGAGGUAAGUACAAUAUGUAUAUCGGUCUCUUGGAACAGACUGUUACCAUUUGGAAAGUACUAAGAAAUGGGCAAAUCCUAUUAACAUGCAAUUAAAAUCUAACAAACUGAUAGCAGCCGUUAAAACCGACUCAGGCACCUCACUGUGUAAAGUAUACAUUGUAAAUAAAUACAACUCUGCAGCAUGGUGUUUGUCACGUCAGAGCCUUUUCAGUGCAUGUACUGUAAGAAAACAUUUUGUUUCAGGAUGUGGAGAACCUGCCAGUCCUGUAGCUGGUGAUUUGUUUGUAGUGAAUGUAGAAAGAAGUUAUUGUCUGGAGUAAGGGCCGUUAGUGGGAAAUGCCUGAGCCAGUUCGGAAUGGAUGGGGUGUUGUGUUCUCUGUCUCUUCACAGUGGACUGUUAGAUAUGGUAUAACGUGGAGCUGAGUAAAGAAUUGCUCAGAUUCCAGUAACUUGCUAAUCAGACCCAAGUCUGGGGCUCCUCAUAUAUCCCUGCUUGAGCAUAGGUGAGCAAUGGCUGCAGGAAUUAACUCAUCUUUAUUUCCAUCCUUAAAGCCACAGACUGAAUUGUCCUAAAUUUACCUUUCCUAUUGGUCGGCUUAGCUGCCCCUCCGUCAGCACACAGCCUUUAGAUAUUGGUCAGCCUCGCUCCGGUGUUGUAAAGUAUUAUACAGGAAUCAUACCAGCUUUGCAUAUUGUCCACCGGCUCUGUUAUACUCUGUUUUCAUCCUUUUACGCCCUGCUUAGGUGGGUCUGCCCAGCUUGUACAUCUGAAUAGUAAACAGUUUGCAAGUGUUACAUAAAUGAUGGAGCUGAGCACCUAUAAAUUAUGCUAGGCCAAUACCCGGGGCUCCAAAAAAACGGUUUCUUCUUUUAUUUUGCAUUAUUCCAGUUUGUCUGUAUUUACAAAAAGUGCAAAAAAAAAACCUUAGAGCAACACUCUGCCUCCAUCUCUGCUGCUUUGGAAAGGAAGUUGUUAGAUCACCAGUGGCCAUUAAUUCCAAAAGUGAUAUUUAAUUCAUAACAAAAUAUAUGGAACAAGCCAUACAGUGACUGGAGGUUCCUUCAUGGGACGUUACAGAGCUUGUAUCAUGGCAUAUGCUCGACGAUUAGCCCAUUGAAAGUAGAACUAGGACUGCCCCCAAGAUCUCGGCUGAUUUUACCAGAUAUAGGGUGAUGUUUUGCAGAAUGAAGCACCAGAAGCCACGUCCCUAUGCCCUUAUCAGAGUAUGAUUGCAGCACUGAGUGAGCAGCUUUCUCAACCUGACUUUGCAUAGUCAGAGAAACUACAAGCUAAUAGUGAUUGCCUCUUGUAAUGCAGGCUGUUUACUUGUCCAGAUUGCAUACAUUGAUAAGGAAGUCUUGCUGGAACGAGGGGGCGGCAUGGCUAAAAAGGUGCAGCAUUCUGCAAAACAUUAAUUUAUUUUAUGCAAAAGCUAUAGAGAUUAGAGCAUGCAAAAAAUACAGCAUGUUAAUGAGGCCAAAACCUACUAAAUGCAUUAAAGUAGUAUUGGUGCACGGUUACAGUCAGUCUCCCUUUCAGUAAUAAAUGUUAUAAUUCACACUUGUGGUGAGGAGUUUCUUUCUAAAGUCCUGUAAAAUGCCUGCCUAAUGUGAAUAUCAUGCGCAAGCUGUACUGAAUGCCAUGUAUAGAUAUUUAUAUAAAAUGUGCCCCAUCAUCAUCUGUGUUUCUGUUUUUUUAAUCAAAUCACCCUUUCAAAUAUUUGACGUGUUUGCACGUGGGUUUUAGUGACAUAAUAUGAAUUCCUAGUAUGGAAUAGACAUUUUUGUCGUGUUAUCUUCAAAUAUCACAUGGCUCUUGCCCUCAUUGUAUUACAUCAGACUGUCGGCUAUUUCUAUUUAAUAAUGCAUUAUCCUGCCUUUUGGAAUCAAUUGCUGUAUGGCUUGAUUUUGCUGACAGCCAGUAAGAUGGGCCAGUCUCACACUGUUUGCUCCCUCCAACCUCCUCCAUAUGUGCAGUACCAGACUCCAUUAUAGCGAUACUUAAAGGAAGGUUGUUACUAGACCUGCUCAUUAUUAUGCUACAGUCAGUCUCCCUUGCUGUGAGUAGGUCUAAGUGGACAGUUACAGUCAGUCUCCCUUGCUGUGAGUAGGUCUAACUGGACAGUUACACUCAGUCUCCCUUGCUGUGAGUAGCUCUAAGUGGACAGUUACAGUCGGCCUCCCUUGCUGUGAGUAGGUCUAAGUGGACAGUUACAGUCGGCCUCCCUUGCUGUGAGUAGCUCUAAGUGGACAGUUACAGUCAAUCUCCCAUGCUGUGAGUAGCUCUAAGUGGACAGUUACAGUCAGUCUCCCAUGCUGUGAGUAGCUCUAAGUGGACAGUUACAGUCAGUCUCCCUUGCUGUGAGUAGCUCUAAGUGGACAGUUACAGUCAAUCUCCCAUGCUGUGAGUAGCUCUAAGUGGACAGUUACAGUCAGUCUCCCAUGCUGUGAGUAGCUCUAAGUGGACAGUUACAGUCAAUCUCCCAUGCUGUGAGUAGCUCUAAGUGGACAGUUACAGUCAGUCUCCCAUGCUGUGAGUAGCUCUAAGUGGACAGUUACAGUCGGUCUCCCUUGCUCUGAGUAGGUCUAAGUGGACAGUUACAGUCAGUCUCCCAUGCUGUGAGUAGCUCUAAGUGGACAGUUUCAGUCAGUCUCCCUUGCUGUGAGUAGGUCUAAGUGGACAGGUGCAGUCGGUCUCCCUUGCUGUGAGUAGCUCUAAGUGGACAGUUACAGUCAAUCUCCCAUGCUGUGAGUAGCUCUAAGUGGACAGUUACAGUCAGUCUCCCAUGCUGUGAGUAGCUCUAAGUGGACAGUUACAGUCAGUCUCCCUUGCUGUGAGCAGCUCUAAGUGGACAGUUACAGUCAAUCUCCCAUGCUGUGAGUAGCUCUAAGUGGACAGUUACAGUCAGUCUCCCAUGCUGUGAGUAGCUCUAAGUGGACAGUUACAGUCAGUCUCCCUUGCUGUGAGUAGGUCUAAGUGGACAGUUACAGUCGGCCUCCCUUGCUGUGAGUAGCUCUAAGUGGACAGUUACAGUCUCUCCCUUGCUGUGAGUAGCUCUAAGUGGACAGUUACAGUCAGUCUCCCAUGCUGUGAGUAGCUCUAAGUGGACAGUUACAGUCAGUCUCCCUUGCUGUGAGUAGGUCUAAGUGGACAGUUACAGUCAGUCUCCCAUGCUGUGAGUAGCUCUAAGUGGACAGUUACAGUCGGUCUCCCUUGCUCUGAGUAGGUCUAAGUGGACAGUUACAGUCAGUCUCCCAUGCUGUGAGUAGCUCUAAGUGGACAGUUUCAGUCAGUCUCCCUUGCUGUGAGUAGGUCUAAGUGGACAGUUACAGUCUGCCUCCCUUGCUGUGAGUAGCUCUAAGUGGACAGUUACAGUCUGCCUCCCUUGCUGUGAGUAGCUCUAAGUGGACAGUUACAGUCGGCCUCCCUUGCUGUGAGUAGCUCUAAAUGGACAGUUACAGUCGGUCUCCCUUGCUCUAAGUAGGUCUAAGUGGACAGUUGCAGUCAGCCUCCCUUGCUGUGAGUAGGUCUAAGUGGACAGUUACAGUCGGUCUCCCUUGCUCUGUCUGAGUAGGUCUAAGUGGACAGUUACAGUCAGUCUCCCUUGCUGUGAGUAGCUCUAAGUGGACAGUUACAGUCGGCCUCCCUUGCUGUGAGUAGCUCUAAGUGGACAGUUACAGUCCGCCUCCCUUGCUGUGAGUAGCUCUAAGUGGACAGUUACAGUCGGUCUCCCUUGCUCUAAGUAGGUCUAAGUGGACAGUUGCAGUCAGCCUCCCUUGCUGUGAGUAGCUCUAAGUGGACAGUUACAGUCGGUCUCCCUUGCUCUGAGUAGGUCUAAGUGGACAGUUACAGUCAGUCUCCCAUGCUGUGAGUAGCUCUAAGUGGACAGUUUCAGUCAGUCUCCCUUGCUGUGAGUAGGUCUAAGUCGACAGGUGCAGUCGGUCUCCCUUGCUUUGAGUAGCUCUAAGUGGACAGUUACAGUCGGCCUCCCUUGCUGUGAGUAGCUCUAAGUGGACAGUUACAGUCGGCCUCCCUUGCUGUGAGUAGCUCUAAGUGGACAGUUACAGUCAAUCUCCCUUGCUGUGAGUAGGUCUAAGUGGACAGUUACAGUCGGCCUCCCUUGCUGUGAGUAGCUCUAAGUGGACAGUUACAGUCAGUCUCCCUUGCUGUGAGUAGCUCUAAGUGGACAGUUACAGUCAGUCUCCCUUGCUGUGAGUAGGUCUAAGUGGACAGUUACAGUCGGCCUCCCUUGCUGUGAGUAGGUCUAAAUGGACGGUUACAGUCAGUCACGCAUGCUGUGAGUAGCUCUAAGUGGACAGUUACAGUCAGUCUCCCUUGCUGUGAGUAGGUCUAAGUGGACAGGUGCAGUCAGUCUCCCUUGCUGUGAGUAGCUCUAAGUGGACAGUUACAGUCAGUCACGCAUGCUGUGAGUAGCUCUAAGUGGACAGUUACAGUCGGCCUCCCUUGCUGUGAGUAGGUCUAAAUGGACAGUUACAGUCAGUCACGCAUGCUGUGAGUAGCUCUAAGUGCACAGUUACAGUCAAUCUCCCAUGCUGUGAGUAUCUCUAAGUGGACAGUUACAGUCGGCCUCCCUUGCUGUGAGUAGUUCUAAGUGGACAGUUACAGUCGGCCUCCCUUGCUGUGAGUAGUUCUAAGUGGACAGUUACAGUCGGCCUCACUUGCUGUGAGUAGCUCUAAGUGGACAGUUACAGUCAGUCUCCCAUGCUGUGAGUAGCUCUAAGUGCACAGUUACAGUCGGUCUCCCUUGCUGUGAGUAUCUCUAAGUGGACAGUUACAGUCAGUCUCCCUUGCUGUGAGUAGCUCUAAGUGGACAGUUACAGUCGGCCUCCCUUGCUGUGAGUAGUUCUAAGUGGACAGUUACAGUCGGCCUCCCUUGCUGUGAGUAGCUCUAAGUGGACAGUUACAGUCGGCCUCCCUUGCUGUGAGUAGUUCUAAGUGGACAGUUACAGUCGGCCUCCCUUGCUGUGAGUAGCUCUAAGUGGACAGUUACAGUCGGCCUCCCUUGCUGUGAGUAGCUGUCAGUAAGUUAUAUUGCAUGGAUCGUGGCUUACAUCUGUUCUAUGGAGGGACUUUCGGGUCAUUGUUUUGUCAUACGUUCUGCUUUUCAAUGUCUUUUUGUGCAGUCCAGUCAUUCAUCUCAACGUGCUAGCAUACAUAUUUUCAUUCUUACAGACAAUUUUCGAUACACGUGUGACAUCUGUGGCAAAAAAUACAAAUAUUACAGCUGCUUCCAGGAGCACAGAGACUUGCAUGCAGUGGAUGGUAAGUAUUCUUCUCAUUUCUCACAAUCUAGGAAUCUGGUACUUAGACCCAUUCUGUAACCGUAUCAUUUCUGAGGGAGACUGGCUCCAUUGUGCUGUAUAAUUAUAUCCAAUAAACGGAGCUCUAAUCCCUGAUUGUCAUCCAAACACACGAAUCUCACAUGGACUCGUAAAUAGGGAGUUAUACAUUGAAUCCAAAAUUCCACUUCUCAAGUAUUGCUUUCAGCUGGACUGUUUUGGUCUAAAUUUGGCAAUCCCCUUUUAAAUACCCCUCAAUUCUUGUUUGGUGAAUAAACUCAAUAAGUGUGAAGCCAUAUAGGAUUUAUAUGAAAUGUGCUUUUCAGCCCCGAAUUUCUUAUAAAACUCCAUAUAGCCAACGAUAAGGAGCGCACUGGAAAAUGUCUUCCGUCCGCGCACAAUAUGCGGUACUGUUUCUGUAGUCGUGGGAACCUGCCCUCACUCAGUAAUACUGCACUGCCACCAGUAGGGGGCACCAUUGAGCACAACCAGGUCUUACAGUAAUAUAUGACCGGGUACUACAUAAAUUACCAGCACAGUCUAUGGAUACCAGCACACUUACCAGCAUCAUACAAUCUAUUCAUCUCUUUAACAAGCCUUUACAUCUCUAUAAAUGUCUUUACUAACCCUGUAUAUCUAGGAUAUAGCUCGGCUCUUUACUAACCCUGUAUAUCUAGGAUAUAACUCGGCUCUUUACUAACCCUGUAUAUCUAGGCUAUAGCUCUAUACUAACCCUGUAUAUCUGGGAUACAGCUCUUUACUAACCCUGUAUAUCUGGGAUAUAGCUCUUUACUAACCCUGUAUAUCUAGGCUAUAGCUCUAUACUAACCCUGUAUAUCUGGGAUACAGCUCUUUACUAACCCUGUAUAUCUGGGAUACAGCUCUUUACUAACCCUGUAUAUCUGGGAUACAGCUCUUUACUAACCCCUCACAGAUAUUCGGGAUACAGCCUUACUAACCUCAGAUAUCUGGGAUACAGCUCUUACUAACCCUGUAUAUCUGGGAUACAGCUUCCUUACUUUCAACCCUGUAUAUCUGGGAUACAGCUCUUACUAACUAUGUAUAUCUGGGAUAUAGCUCUACUAACCCUGUAUAUCUGGGAUAUGGCUCUUUACUAACCCUGUAUAUCUGGGAUACAGCUAUUUACUAACCCUGUAUAUCUGGGAUACAGCUAUUUACUAACCCUGUAUAUCUGGGAUACAGCUAUUUACUAACCCUGUAUAUCUGGAAUACAGCUAUUUACUAACCCUGUAUAUCUGGGAUACAGCUAUUUACUAACCCUGUAUAUCUAGGAUAUAGCUCUUUACUAAUCCUGUAUAUCUGGAAUAUAGCUAUUUACUAACCCUGUAUAUCUGUGAUACAGCUAUUUACUAACCCUGUAUAUCUGGGAUACAGCUAUUUACUAACCCUGUAUAUCUGGGAUACAGCUCUUUACUAACCCUGUAUAUCUGGGAUACAGCUCUUUACUAACCCUGUAUAUCUGGGAUACAGCUCUUUACUAACCCUGUAUAUCUAGGAUAUAGCUUGGCUCUUUACUAAGCCUGUAUAUUUGGAAUAUAGCUAUUUACUAUCCCUAUAUAUCUGGUAUAUAGCUUGGCUCUUUACUAACCCUGUAUAUCUGGGAUACAGCUCUUUACUAACCCUGUAUAUCUGGGAUACAGCUCUUUACUAACCCUGUAUAUCUGGGAUGUAGCUCUUUACUAACCCUGUGUGGCGGAACCAGCCUCGCCACUAGGCAUUGGAGAAAACUGAUUGCCAGCCUCCUGCCAUGUGACUAUGGCCCCUGGGGUGUAUUGCCUGCUCUCCUGUACUGCUGAGUAUUGCUACCAACUAGGUGGAUUUGGCUAUGGAGCUUGUGUAGUGCCCUCUGUUGGUAGCAACAGUAAUAUGCACUACCUGAAUAGCAAUACUGGUAAUUUGCAUAUUUGGGUAGAUUUGCAUAUCGCUAAUUCUGAAUGCAGGAGAGACAUUUUGUGUUAAUUAUGGUCUUCCCCACCCAUUUAUAAAUAUGUAAUUAUGUUAUCAUAAGUCACUGUAUGUUGCCUGCUAUGAUUUGACUGUUUGUAAUUUGAUUGAGUUUUCACAGCAAUGUUAAUGUAAUGACCAUAUGGGCUAGUCCCAAGUAAAAUAAAGUUUUAGUCAGUUCUACUUCAUUCUCAAUUUGGAGUCCUGUUUCUUAAUGGGGGAAUCUGCUACAAGGGAUUGCAAUGCCCUGCAUAUUCCUUUGCUAUAAUCACUCCUAAGCUCUUUUAAGAGCUCAUUCCUGCUUUGCUCUGAAGGAAGAGAGGUUUGGCAUGUGGCGGUUGUGGUGUUGGCUAGAGUGCCUGGAAUCCUCAAGAAGCGCUAGGAGCAUCCAUCAACGGAGGUACCCAGUCGGGGUGCCAGGUGAUCCGUUACACCGUGUAUAUAUGGGAUACAGCUAUUUACUAACCCUGUGUAUAUGGGAUACAGCUCUUUACUAACCCUGUGUAUAUGGGAUACAGCUCUUUACUAACCCUGUGUAUAUGGGAUACAGCUCUUUACUAACCCUGUAUAUCUGGGAUAUAGCUCUUUACUAACCCUGUAUAUCUGGGAUACAGCUAUUACUAACCCUGUAUACAUGGAAUACAGCUAUUUACUAACCCUGUAUAUCUGGGAUAUAGCUCUUUACUUACCCUGUAUAUCUGGGAUAUAGCUAUUACUAACCCUGUAUAUCUGGGAUAUAGCUAUUUACUAACCCUGUAUAUAUGGGAUAUAGCUCUUUACUUACCCUGUAUAUCUGGGAUAUAGCUAUUACUAACCCUGUAUAUCCGGGAUAUAGCCAUUUACUAACCCUGUAUAUCUGGGAUAUAGCUCUUUACUUACCCUGUAUAUCUGGGAUAUAGCUAUUACUAACCCUGUAUAUCCGGGAUAUAGCCAUUUACUAACCCUGUAUAUAUGGGAUAUAGCUAUUUACUAACCCUGUAUAUAUGGGAUAUAGCUAUUUACUAACCCUGUAUAUAUGGGAUAUAGCUAUUUACUAACCCUGUAUAUAUGGGAUAUAGCUAUUUACUAACCCUGUAUAUCUGGGAUAUAGCUAUUACUAACCCUGUAUAUCUGGGAUACAGCUCUUUACUAACCCUGUAUAUCUGGGAUAUAGCUAUUACUAACCCUGUAUACAUGGAAUACAGCUAUUUACUAACCCUGUAUACAUGGAAUACAGCUAUUUACUAACCCUGUAUAUCUGGGAUACAGCUCUUUACUAACCCUGUAUAUCUGGGAUAUAGCUAUUACUAACCCUGUAUACAUGGAAUACAGCUAUUUACUAACCUUGUAUAUCUGGGAUAUAUCUACUAACUCUGUAUAUCUGGAAUAUAGGUCUGCUCAUAACCACUACCCCCCUAAGUGUUACCUGGGUGCAGAAGACGCCGGAUAGCUCUAUUCACCCUAAGUACAUCCUAUGCAGAGAGCGGAGCCAUUGAGUGUGGCUCUGCUUAGCUCAGUGGAGGGGCUGGAGCCAUGGAAGCCUGGUGAGACAGGCAAGUUGUCAAAUUGUUCUAAAAUAAUUUGACAAAUAAAACUGGGAGGACACCAGGGAACUCCUAUUACCAUGACUACUUCAGUGGUCCAAUUUAUUAAAUAGACUAUCCUGUAGCUGGGGAUGGUUGCUUUUAGCAGUUCUCAUACAUUACAUUUGUAAUAUGCAAAUAAUUAAACCAUGAAUCUAUAAGAUUGAUAUUUUAUUGAAUCAACCAGUUGUGACGAGACCAAUCUCGCCACAUUGCAUUGGAGAAGCCUGGUUGCUCGCCUGCUGCCUCUGGACUAUGGCCCCCUGUUAAAAGACAUUGUUUCGCCUGCAGAAAAGCUGUAUUCGUGUGGUCUGAGCGCCAUUCACUUAAUAAUGUGCGCUCAGACCUGAGCUAUCUGGGGAUAUGUUAAAUGUAUAGUUUUAAUGUAAUGUGUCUUAUCUGGUGUAUUUUAACAGUAAUGCUUGUUUUAGUAUCCCCAUGUGCAUAAUGGAGAGUUGCCUUUGUCUUGGGAGAUAAUUGAAUUACUUCUCAAUUAUCUCCCAGGGCAGAGGGGAGGAAGCCAGGAUGCAUUGUGGGAAUAUAUUGUGACUGUGUGUCCUAUCUGUCUGCUUGUCUGUCCCUUGUCACAGUCUCCCAUUUGGUCCCCUAGGGGAGUGUCCACCAGGUGGGAGACCUGCAUAAAUACUGGGCAGGUAGCCCUCAUUAAACAGACCACUGCUUGACCCUCAACACGGAGUUCUGUCUCGUCUUUGGGGGGAUUUACUGUAUGCUGAUUGCCAGGAGCGUAAGCUACUUGGGUGUUUUUCCUGUCUUCGCCUGCUAGCAGCUAUUCGUGAGGUUCCAGUUCAAGGUGUUUGGAGCAUUCCUCCCCUUGUAUGCAGUUCCUGAAAGUGUUUGGAGACUCCCUUGUAUGCCGCUCUCAGUGUUUGGAGCAUUCCCCUUGUAUGCAGUUCGGGUGUUUGGAGCAUUCCCUUGUAUGCAGUUCGGUGUUUGGAGCAUUCCCCUUGUAUGCCGCUCGGGUGUUUAAGCAUUCCCUUGUAUGCCGCUCGGUGUUUGGAGCAUUCCCUGUAUGCCGCUCGGGUGUUUGGAGAAUUUCAUGCCGCUCUUUUCCUCGGGUGUUUGGAGCAUUCUCAGGCGCCGCUCGUGUUUGGAGCAUUCCCUUGUAUGGAAGUUUGGGUAUUUGGAGCAUUCCCUUGUAUGUGCCGCUCGGGUGUUUGGAGCAUUCCCUUGUAUGCCGCUCUGGAGCAUUCCCUUGUAUGCCGUUCGGGUGUUUGGAGCAUUCCCUUGUAUGCCGUUCGGGUGUUUGGUGUUCUGCAGUAGCUGUGCCUGCAUCUCUGGAAAGGGGGCCGAUCGCCUAAAUGGUUUUUACCCCUUUUGUCCAAAACGGUCCGUUACACAGGUGGUUUGGGGUAAAUGUUUGUAACAUGAUAUCAUUGUGGAUUAAUAAUCCCACUUAGUGCAGAUGUCAUCAUAUUACAGUAAGUGCUAUACUUGCUGCCCUGUAAACUGUCAUUUUGGCCUUCCCAGAUUUGCAUCAUCUGUUCGCUGUCUUGAACCGACUCUUAAUUGUAUAUUGAUUUAAGGUUUACUCCUAACACCAUGACCACUUCAUUGGUUUAAAAUGGACAUGGUGCCUGGAAUCUGUGUGUGCAGAGUUUCACUUUGAAACAAUUUCCAAGCUGGUUAAUGUCAAUUGUGUGCCACCCCUGCCCUUGCUGACUGGCUUUUUACUAACCCUGGAACGGAGGUAAGUUUGGGAUUUUAGUUAGUUAGUUGGGGGGUGGGUGGGUUGGACAAUCUUUAACCAAACACCAGUUUUGUUUGGAGUAAGCUUUUAAAUUUGAUGCCUUGGCAUUGAUCUAGUUAGUGCAGAGUCCUGUCCAUUCAUUAAAGAGCCCGGUUUCCUCCUGCAGAGUAUAGACACAGUGCAAGCUGUGUAAUAAACAAUAAUAAUACAUUAAAGGAUAUUAGUUUUAUUUCGUCCACGUGGCUGUGCUGGUAAUUUGGGACUGUGCUGGUACAUGCAGAUUAUUUAGGAUUUAUUACAUGAAUGAAUCGUGGUCUAAAUUAAAACGCCCUAAACUAUUCUAGUAAAUUGGUUGUUUGUUAAUGAAUGUUUCACUUUUUGUUCCUUUUAUUUCCCCCAUAUUUAUUUUGAUGAGGUUGAGAACAUACAUUUAUAUCUUUUAUUUUUAUCUUUUUUUUUUUUUUUCCUUUUUUUAUCGUUCCUUUUUUUUUAGACACCUAUAUCCAUAUGAUGGUAACUUCAGGGGACGCAAAAGAAGAGGACCCUGAACCGUUUCUGAAACUUGGUCCAAGUAUGAUCGCAUGUGGCUUGUAGUGUGUUGGGCUGUGUACUUCCUAUGGGCACUUCUCAUGGUCGUAGACGCUCCUCAUGUUAAUGUUUUGAACCCUUACUCCCCUGGAUUUUUUUAUUUGGCUGUGUAUAAUGUCCAGCACAUAACAGCCUGCCAAUGCAUUUAGUCUGCUGUUUAGCAAUACCUAAAACUGUAAGUUUAUGUAAAUGGAGUCCGUUUUAAAUCAAUAAAGUGACACAAAUGAGUCGAAGUGCUGCCUACUGAAGACCAGUGUUGGAACAGAUGAAGAGGGGACAUAAUGCACACGGGGGUGAGAAUAAAACCCUAUCCUGUAUGUUGGUACAGACAUGGAAUGGGCUUGACAAAUUUACUUUUUAUUAAAAUGCUAUAAGACUACAAGUGACUACAGGAUAUCAAAUAUCGUAGAGUAAUCAAAGCCUGUGGAGCCUCUGCUCUAGUUGUAGCUCUGUGCAUUGGGUAUAGAGCUAUGUUUGUUCCUGUGUUGGAAGACGAUAUAAAGUAUUUUUAAUGUUUUGUUUUGUAGAUUUUGUCAGCAGCUUUAGGUGGAGAAUAAAAUGAACAAAUGUGAGGUCACUGAGAAUUGAAUUAAAUCCCACUUCCUUCGUUCCGUUACACAAUUCUUCAUUUUUAGGAUUUUUCUUGAUAUUUUGUGAAAGUUUACCUGGAAUAUCACAGACCGAAUGCUGAGCUGGUAGCUGCGUGAAGAUUUUAAGCGUGUCUGUAGAAUUUGCCCAUUUCUAAUAUUAAUAAAGUGAAUUAUGCUUCCAGAUAGGGGUAAACACGUACUGUAGAUCUCAAGGUAACGACACGGUGCCCAGUUAUUCCUAGAACUCAUUUGAUGGGUUUUCUGGCCCUGAUAAAAGUGUUCCAUUUUCUUGUAAUUAGUAUAAUGGCUCCCAUGCAUUAUGUUAAUUAACCAUUCCUGUCUGUCAGGCAAGUUUUAGCACGGAUUAAAGCGACACUGAUUCCUGCCUCUCUCUCUUUAUUCAAUUCCUGCAGAAACCGGUAACUACACUUGUGAAUUCUGCGGAAAGCAGUACAAAUACUACACUCCGUAUCAGGAACACGUGGCUCUCCACGCGCCUCUCAGUGAGUAUAGUUUUUAGCUGCUCUCUCUCCAACUUGCAGUCCAUUGCAAUUUCAGGAUGAAUUCAUUUUUCAUCUCAACUCAAGGCACAGGUUAAUGCAUAAACCCUGGUGAAGUGCAAACAAUAAGCUGCACCUACACCUACAGAACUUAAUAAGAUUGGAUAUAUUUAAUUCUGCAUUAUAAACCCUUUGGGUGUCAGCCAUGAUCUCUUAUUGCAAUUAUUGAUUCUGUUUUCUCCCCACUAGAGGGCACAUUCAGCCACGACAUAGAACACAAAGUACCAAACAACUAUGAAGAAACAAACAGCAACUCUCAGCAUUCAAGCGGUGAGUGUGUGAUGGAGUGAUCGCACAGGACUGCUGGUCACACUGUUACUGCCAUGGCUGAAAGUAUUUUACAAUGAAUGUUCGGCCAUCGUAUAAUCCUUUCUGCUAAUUGGAUAACAUGGUAAAAACACCAAAGAGUGCCAAUUAUUGCACCUCUAACCCGGGAUGUCUCCACCAUGGGACUGAUUGCCUCACUGUUGUUUAAUGGAUAUAGAGAGAUUUUUUUAAUGUGCAUUUUAACUUAAGUGCAACUGAUCAGUACGGCAACAUAAGUUUUUUUUGAUAAUGUUUUAUACCCUGAAUCAGUCAAUUCAAUGAAACCGGUCAGUACACGGCACAUUUCCUGUUUUUUUUUUUUUAUUAUUGUUACACUAUGAUCAGAGGCGUCUUUUUACUUAGGAUCUCUGAACCAGAAUAGUGGCAUUAUUUUUUUGUAUGUAAUGCACGUGGAACAAUAUUUGGUGGGAUCUCACAUACCACGUGUAGUACUAUACUAUUACUGUACUGCUUUCUGAGCCCUUUUCACUGUCUUACAAUGAAUUGCCAGAUUCAGAGUGUAGUAAAUUACCUGCAGGAUCUAACACAUUAACGUGGCCUUCCCAUCAGGUUCCAGCAGAACGCACAGAAUGUCAGACAUGGUGGUAGCCGGGAAUAUUACAGCCUGGCAGAAAGGUGAGUUCAGUGUUAGCUAUGUACAGCCACACAAAGCUUACUUACAGAGCUGGAAUACCACGAGACACACAGCAACUUACAGAGCAGAAACUAGAGAUACAGGGAUACCACGAGAGACGGGGCACAUACAUAGCAGAAACCCAUGAGAUACAGCCAAACACAGAGCAGGAAUACCACGAGAGAGACCGCCACAUACAUAGCAGAAAAUCCAGAAGAGAUACAGCUCUACACAGAGCAGGGAUACAUAGCAGAAAAUCCACGAGAGAUACAGCUAUACACAGAGCAGGAAUACUACGAGAGAGACAGCCACAUACAGAGCUGAAUUACCAAGAGAGACAAAGCCACACACAGAGCAGGAAUACCACGAGAGACACAGCCACAUACAGAGCAGGAAUACCACGAGAGACACAGCCACACACAGAGCAGGAAUACCACGAAAGACACAGCCACACACAGAGGAGGAAUACCACGAAAGACACAGCCACACACAGAGCAGGAAUACCACGAGAGACACAGCCACAUACAGAGCAGGAAUACCACGAGAGACACAGCCACACACAGAGCAGGAAUACCACGAAAGACACAGCCACACACAGAGGAGGAAUACCACGAAAGACACAGCCACACACAGAGCAGGAAUACCACAAGUGAAGAACAUUAUUUGUAUAGGAAUAUAGAAUAUAAAUUGUAAAAAUGAUAAUUUUGUCCUUUUGAUUACUUUAGAACCGGCCAAUCAAAUUAUUCCCAGUUCAUUUCCAUUAUUACAAAGUAAGUUCCUGUGUUCCUGUCCAUGUGUUUGUUGUAACAUUAUUGGGAUUAUACCUCUCUGAUUCCCCCCCCCCCCUUUCUGUAGAGGGAUAGUGAGUCCAUGUUUUCUAUGGAGAAUAUAAUUCAGUUUGGAAGCUGGCGUAGUGUGUGGCAUAUUUCAGAGGGCGUCAUACAGUGCUGGCUGCUUUGUAUAAAUAGACUGAAACUGAGAUACGUCAUCCCGAUCACAGUGUAUCGCUAUCUGGGUUUCUUACAUGUGACUGGGCGUAAUGUAAUAUAGCUUGUGCGGUUUUACCGUUUACUACGUAGUAGAAUUGUUCAUUAAUUUUCAGACAUAAUUGAUCAAGAAUCCAGGACUCUCUUUGAAAGGCUUUACUUUAUCUGAGAUUUAAUGGAACUUCUUCUGUAUUCUGUGUUUCUUGUGGUUUGCACGCCUCCUCAAAUGGAUUAACAUUGUCACGCCUUAGUAAAGGUUAUCUUGUCUCUCUCGUGGCUUAUCAGACAUUACCUGAGACAGGGCAGCUUUUACUUAAAGUAAAGUAUUCCUUAUACAUGGUUUGGCUCAUUAUUCACAGUAUUUGGAUAAGUAUGGUGGUCAGUGCUUGAUGGCAUAUGUGUGUGGUUUGGCACUUGUCACAGUUACAGUAAGUUUUAUUCUCCCCUCACCAUCUCUUCUGGAUACUGAGGACAUUCUGUGGCCAGCAAUCUUGUCCUCCAAUACUUUCUGGCUCCUUAGAAGCUGUACAGGUUAUGUAGGUGGGUCUAGGAUGAGCCCCUUUCAGUAGGGUUCUUGGGGAUAGAUUUCAGCCUUGUAGCAUUGUGUUUAAACACCUGCAGUUGAGAAGCAUUUAGUAACAAUAUUCAUUGUGUUUCUCUUGAAUCUUCCGAGGCAAGGGAUGGAAGAAAAAAAUAAAAAGAAAAGAGGAACCGAGUAACAAGCCAGUGAAAGAAGAGAAAGGUGCUAAAGCAGAAGGUGCGUCAUCAAGACAGGGGGCUCAUCCACAUUGUCACUCUGGCCCCACCGAGUCUGUAACGCACGCCUGUUACCCUUAGCCAGAGGUCAUUUACCUGUAUAUCCAGAGAGGAAAUUAAUACUCAGCCACACUACUGAUAAACCUACAUCAUCCAGCAGUCGCAGUGGGUAACCAGUCAGCCAUUAUCGCUGUAUUCAAUCAGACACACAGUAACCAGUCAGCCAUUAACGCUGUAUUCAAUCAGACACACAGUAACCAGUCAGCCAUUAUCCCUGUACUCAGCGCAGUCAGACUCACUAUCUGACACAGUAACCAGUCAGCCUUAUCCCUGUACUCAGCGCAGUCAGACUCACUAUCUGACACAGUAACCAGUCAGCCAUUAUCCCUGUACUCAGCUCAGUCAGACUCACUAUCUGACACAGUAACCAGUCAGCCAUUAUCCCUGUACUCAGCGCAGUCACACUCACUAUCUGACACAGUAACCAGUCAGCCAUUAUCCCUGUACUCAGCGCAGUCAGACCCACUAUCUGACACAGUAACCAGUCAGCCAUUAUCCCUGUACUCAGCGCAGUCAGACUCACUAUCUGACACAGUAACCAGUCAGCCAUUAUCACUGUACUCAGCGCAGUCAGACUCACUAUCUGACACAGUAACCAGUCAGCCAUUAUCCCUGUACUCAGCGCAGUCAGACUCACUCUCUGACACAGUAACCAGUCAGCCAUUAUCACUGUACUCAGCGCAGUCAGACUCACUAUCUGACACAGUAACCAGUCAGCCAUUAUCCCUGUACUCAGCGCAGUCAGACUCACUAUCUGACACAGUAACCAGUCAGCCAUUAUCCCUGUACUCAGCGCAGUCAGACCCACUAUCUGACACAGUAACCAGUCAGCCAUUCUCCCUGUACUCAGCGCAGUCAGACUCUCUAUCUGACACAGUAACCAGUCAGCCAUUAUCACUGUACUCAGCGCAGUCAGACUCACUAUCUGACACAGUAACCAGUCAGCCAUUAUCCCUGUACUCAGCGCAGUCAGACCUACUAUCUGACACAGUAACCAGUCAGCCAUUAUCACUGUACUCAGCGCAGUCAGACUCACUAUCUGACACAGUAACCAGUCAGCCAUUAUCCCUGUACUCAGCGCAGUCAGACUCACUAUCUGACACAGUAACCAGUCAGCCAUUAUCCCUGUACUCAGCGCAGUCAGACCUACUAUCUGACACAGUAACCAGUCAGCCAUUAUCACUGUACUCAGCGCAGUCAGACCCACUAUCUGACACAGUAACCAGUCAGCCAUUAUCACUGUACUCAGCGCAGUCAGACUCACUAUCUGACACAGUAACCAGUCAGCCAUUAUCCCUGUACUCAGCGCAGUCAGACCCACUAUCUGACACAGUAACCAGUCAGCCAUUAUCCCUGUACUCAGCGCAGUCAGACCCACUAUCUGACACAGUAACCAGUCAGCCAUUAUCCCUGUACUCAGCGCAGUCAGACUCACUAUCUGACACAGUAACCAGUCAGCCAUUAUCCCUGUACUCAGCGCAGUCAGACUCACUAUCUGACACAGUAACCAGUCAGCCAUUAUCCCUGUACUCAGCGCAGUCAGACUCACUAUCUGACACAGUAACCAGUCAGCCAUUAUCCUGUACUCAGCGCAGUCAGACCCACUAUCUGACACAGUAACCAGUCAGCCAUUAUCCCUGUACUCAGCGCAGUCAGACUCUCUAUCUGACACAGUAACCAGUCAGCCAUUAUCCCUGUACUCAGCGCAGUCAGACUCUCUAUCUGACACAGUAACCAGUCAGCCAUUAUCCCUGUACUCAGCGCAGUCAGACCUACUAUCUGACACAGUAACCAGUCAGCCAUUAUCACUGUACUAAGCGCCGUCAGACUCACUAUCUGACACAGUAACCAGUCAGCCAUUAUCACUGUACUCAGCGCAGUCAGACUCACUAUCUGACACAGUAAGCAGUCAGCCAUUAUCACUGUACUCAGCGCAGUCAGACCCACUAUCUGACACAGUAACCAGUCAGCCAUUAUCCCUGUACUCAGUGCAGUCAGACUCACUAUCUGACACAGUAACCAGUCAGCCAUUAUCCCUGUACUCAGCGCAGUCAGACUCACUAUCUGACACAGUAACCAGUCAGCCAUUAUCCCUGUACUCAGCGCAGUCAGACCCACUAUCUGACACAGUAAGCAGUCAGCCAUUAUCGCUGUACUCAGCGCAGUCAGGCCCACUAUCUGACACAGUAACCAGUCAGCCAUUAUCGCUGUACUCAGCGCAGUCAGACCCACUAUCUGACACAGUAAGCAGUCAGCCAUUAUCGCUGUACUCAGCGCAGUCAGACCCACUAUCUGACACAGUAAGCAGUCAGCCAUUAUCACUGUACUCAGCGCAGUCAGACCUACUAUCUGACACAGUAACCAGUCAGCCAUUAUCCCUGUACUCAGCGCAGUCAGACCUACUAUCUGACACAGUAACCAGUCAGCCAUUAUCACUGUACUCAGCGCAGUCAGACUCACUAUCUGACACAGUAACCAGUCAGCCAUUAUCACUGUACUCAGCGCAGUCAGACUCACUAUCUGACACAGUAACCAGUCAGCCAUUAUCCCUGUACUCAGCGCAGUCAGACUCUCUAUCUGACACAGUAACCAGUCAGCCAUUAUCACUGUACUCAGCGCAGUCAGACUCACUAUCUGACACAGUAACCAGUCAGCCAUUAUCGCUGUACUCAGCGCAGUCAGACUCACUAUCUGACACAGUAACCAGUCAGCCAUUAUCCCUGUACUCAGCGCAGUCAGACCUACUAUCUGACACAGUAACCAGCCAGCCAUUAUCACUGUACUUAGCGCCGUCAGACCCACUAUCUGACACAGUAAGCAGUCAGCCAUUAUCGCUGUACUCUGCGCAGUCAGACCCACUAUCCGAUAUACUGACAGUGACACACAAUAACCAGUCAGCAGGAAGCGCAGAUACUGAGACGCCGUUAUAUAUUUAUACAAGGAUUAUGAGUAGUUAUUGUUGCAUGUACAGAGGACAUGCAGUCAUUCAGUCACAAUGCGCCUUAUUGCACAGUCUCAUAUAAAAUGUAUAAAAGUAAUAAGGGAUACCACCCUUGCCUUGCAGAUCUUCCAACCUAUAAGACUGAUCUUCGAUUUGGCUCAUGGAGCUUGCAGCCGCAGAUUAUCAUUAACGGCAAAUAGACAAUCUGCGGGUAUUGAGGGCUCACAUACAAAUAGUACAAAAAAAUGAAGGAAUAAAAAGUGUGUUGUAGGCUUUUUAUUUUUAAACCACUUCAAAGGUGUAAAAAACAAAUAUUUCCUCUUAUGUGUGCAUUAAAAAGAGAAAAACGAAAUGGAAAGAAAUGCACAAAAAGUGCUCAUUUCUGAUAGUUAGGUAACGUGGGAUAGUAGUAGCAUAACCAAAAGAUCAUUUCAUUGUGUGAUACGUCUAGAAUUCAGAAUUCCAUAUCUAAACGUAGACUUUGGCCCAACGAGUGUCGCAUUCUCCCCAGCGAACACAACUGGUAUCCCUUUUACGCCGACGCCUCACAUUGAGGUUGUGGCCAAGCGCAGACACUGUUGGGUGAAAUGUACCAAUGACCUUAUUAACCACACAGAUUUCAAAAAGAGGUAAAUUGCCCAGUUUAGUGAAAAGGACAUGUUUCCAGCUUGUUAGUGAAAGCUCUCGGUUGCCGUCUGUAAUUCGCGUGGACGGGUUAGGAAGGUAAUGCACUGUUUUGUUAAGCUAGUAUUUGUGCACAUACAGUAAAUUCCACACCCAGACAAACCAUGUGGAAUAUGUAAGGAAUGCGUGAAAAAUAGCUUGCUUUACAAGCAGCUGUAUAACUAAUAGGAAUGUCAUAUUGGAGAUCUGUUGAAACAAUUAGUGACAAACAUUAUUUUGUUUUUAUAGUAACUUGUUUGCAGUUUAUUGUAUUUGUGUAUCGAAGAGACUAAUGAAGGGUUAAUGUAAAUGUGCAUAGCUAUCUAGCAGCCAUGACCGUGUGGCAGAACGCAUUCUAAUACAGAAAUACGUUAUUGUGCUUAAUAUAAUCAGUGUUACAUUUUACACAAUUCUGUCUGCUGUAUCGGUAAAUACCUCAUAGACUUUACAGUCUAUACAUGUUAUUAGCUAGUAAUAUCCCACAGAGUUUACAUUCUAUCAUUAUAAUCUAGUAAGGCCCACAGAGCUUACAUUCUAUCAUUAUAAUCUAGUAAUGGCCCACAGAGUUUACAUUCUAUCAUUAUAAUCUAGUAAUAUCCCACAGAGCUUACAUUCUAUCACUAUAAUCUAGUAAUGGCCCACAGAGUUUACAUUCUAUCAUUAUAAUCUAGUAAUGGUCCACAGAGCUUACAUUCUAUCAUUAUAAUCUAGUAAUAUCCCACAGAUCUUACAUUCUAUCAUUAUAAUCUAGUAAUGGCCCACAGAACUUACAUUCUAUCAUUAUAAUCUAGUAAUGGCCCACAGAGCUUACAUUCUAUCAUUAUAAUCUAGUAAUGGCACCCAGAGCUUACAUUCUAUCAUUAUAAUCUAGUAAUAUCCCACAGAGUUUACAUUCUAUCAUUAUAAUCUAGUAAUAUCCCACAGAGUUUACAUUCUAUCAGUAUAAUCUAGUAAUAUCCCACAGAGUUUACAUUCUAUCAUUAUAAUCUAGUAAUAUCCCACAGAGCUUACAUUCUAUCAUUAUAAUCUAGUAAUAUCCCACAGAGUUUACAUUCUAUCAUUAUAAUCUAGUAAUGGCCCACAGAGUUCACAUUCUAUUAUUACAAUCUAGUAAUCUUAGCUGUACUCUGAGCUUUAUGGAGUUAGGACACAGAGAGGCCAUGGAGAAGCAGCCUUGAAUUUAACCUCCUGUUUUUCACACACAGCCAAAAUAAGCAUGUCUCCGCUUUAAAAUAAAUUGUACGUAUAACACAAAUUCCAAUUUCCCCUUUAUGCAAGCUCGCUCUGAUAGAAAGUUUGUGUCCUCUCCUGCUUCCUGUUCCGUGCUGUCCUCACGGCAGCCACUGUCUCCACUAUCAGGAGAGCAUUACAACUUUGUGUGGACACACUCCUGUCUUGGUUAUAAUCCAUUUAAUGUGUGUCUGGGGAAUAGUCUGAUCGGGGUUUGAAUCUGUGAGAUAUGUAUGGAUAAUAAGAAAGUGGGUCUAUUCAUAUAUUUACAAUGUAAAAAUAUCAGGAAUGGACAGAGGAAAUAUAGUCCUAUCUAGGCAAAGGAGACUUCUGAAGGGUUUCUGCAUGAUCGUUAUUCCUUCCAGAUCUUGUAUGCCCAGUCAGUUCUUAGAUGUAGGAAUGAACCACCCACUCGGAGCACAGAUGUCGGAGUGAGCCACCCACUCGGAGCUCAGAUGUCGGAGUGAGCCACCCACUCGGAGCUCAGAUGUCGGAGUGAGCCACCCACUCGGAGCUCAGGUGUCGGAGUGAGCCACCCACUCGAAGCUCAGAUGGAGUGAGCAACCACUCAAAAGGGAGUGUUGUCCCACCCCAAGGGGAUAUCCUAGGGUGAAACAAGAUGUUAAGGCCACUCCCCCUGCACCUCCCAGAUCAAAAGAAAAGUCACUUAAAUAGUGCUUCCAAUUAGGGGGUAACCCUGCAGCUAAACUACUGACAAUGAGAACAAAAAUCCCAGUGUCACCAAUUGUGGGAUACACUGGGAGGAAGCACAAAAGUAUUGUAAGUGGCCAAAAAAAACACCUUAAACUUUAUUCUCAAUGAUACAAAAAAAUAAUGGUCCACUUAAAAAGAAAAUAUAAAUCGUAUUAAAACAGGGGUAUAAGAGGUGGCUGGUGUCCACUUCUGGACAGGUAGGGAGGAGGGUAAUUACAAAGAGCGGUAGGAGGUCUGCAUCCUUAAACUAGACCCAUCCAAACCUCCCCUGUACACUGUGUCCCAAAACGCCAGAGAGGGAACCAGGAGGUUGCCAAAGAUAAAGGUUCUACAAAUUCCCCAUUAAUAAAAAAUCUCUCGCUGUCCCUGUAUACCUCGGCACCGCACAGAGCUAAUGCUUACAUGAACAAGUAACCCUGAACACUCAAAACAAAAAUUCAAAUGUGCAUAGUGCUACCCAAGUGUAAAUUGACAAUAAGAGCUUGAUGCGCGUUUCAGCGUGCUAAGACGCCGUCGUCAGGAGCAGAGUGGCCUUAGGUAUCCUCUGAGUUGGUUUAAACACCCAGCCCUCAAUUAGCCAUGUGUGAAUGAUCCGAUAAUCAGACGGCCCACAAGCCAUUCGAAGGAAGAGGUGUGGCAGCCUGAAGGUAUGAAGGAAGGUCCAAUCUUCCUUUAUUUGCUGAAUACAAUUCUCUGAGUGUAUCACUCAGAGUUCAGAUGUUGGAGUGAGCCACCACUCAGAGCUCAGAUGCUGGAGUGAGCCACCCACUCCGAACUCAGUUGUUGGAGUGGCUCAUUAUGAGACCUGGUUAAAGAGCUCACAGUCUAUCGUACAAUAUGAGACCUGGCCAAAGAGCUUACAGUCUAUCGUACAAUACGAGACAGGCGUAAAGAGCUUACAGUGAGUCGUGUGAUGUAAUACUGGAUCCACACUGGUGGAAUAAACUAAUUUAAAAAUACCUAUUACUUUCAUUCUUAUAGUUUAAUGAGCUUGGUCAAAGAGCUUACAUACAUCCUAGUGGUAUAAUGAAAAACCUGCAUCAGUUUUUUCAAACUGUAGCAAAUAUCUCGUCUCCUUCCAUCUGUCAGUAAUUCACAUGGAAUUAUGUCUGUUUCUUAGCUGCCAUACAUAUGAGUAUAUUGGUUAUUGCCUUGUGUGAUCUGAACCCAGAGGGCUUUUAACCUAAAACUACUUCUAAUCCUUCCUGUGGCUACUGAGAGAUAGACAUGAUGGUUUGUGUCAGGCAUGCUAUCUCCUAACUGCUUCUUAAUGCACCCCACAUGGCAAAUCGAAAAUAGAAGAGGAUGGGUCAUGACCCAGAUGGGGGCAUGUAAACACACUUAACAGGAAGCAACAUCUUAUACAAAGUGUCACAAACUGUAAUCAAUAUGGAAAUAAGUAAGAUGUUGCAAAGUGUACUGGUCUCCACAGUCUGUUCACUACUUUGCCCUAUUUUUUUGUUUGCAACACUUUAAUCUCCCCUAUAAUAUUGAAAUAAACAUUUAUCAACCCCUGAAACAUGGUGUUACAUAAUGUAGUAUAACACGAUUUACCCUGUGCUCAGUAAGCAUUUAAUAUAGCUCCUGGCCAAUCACCACGAUCAGUAAUCCUCUACUCACCAAUCCCAAGCAUUGUAAUGUACUUAGCAGUGAAUUGCAAGCUCUUCUGGGCAGGGUCUUGUAUUAAACCACCAGUAAUUACAAUUAAGUACAAUUCUUGUUUGUGCAUCUCUUAAGGCUCAGUCUGCACGGCCUUCAGCUUGGCACAAUUAAACCGUACCAUUCAGAAAGCCUUAGCUCCUUCUAGUGGUUAGGGUACAAGCUUUCCGCAAACAUUGAGUGCAGCCAUCAGACCCAGGCUAGGCCGGCUGCCAAUCAGACCCAGGCUAGGCCGGCUGCCAAUCAGACCCAGGCUAGGCCGGCUGCCAAUCAGACCCAAGCUAGGCUGAUGGCCAAUCAGAUCCAGGCUAGGUAGGUGGCCCAGGGAUAGAUGCAGGUUUUGUCAUUUCCAGUUAGUGUGCUUACAUGGCGUUGACAGAACUCUUUGUAAAACCCGCAAAUUGUUUUCUCACAGAGCCCUACACUUGCGGUGCAUGCGGAAUUCAGUUCCAGUUUUACACCAAUCUGCUGGAGCACAUGCAGUCCCAUGCCGGUGAGAAGAUCUCCCAUCUAGAGGCAUUUUAACAUGGCACGGUUUCUGUACUUAGGUUAUUUACCAUGUUUUGGGUUAGAAUUAUUUAAGGCACCUCAAGACUAGGUGAAACCAGAACAGUAUCUUCACCGUAUAAAUUACUCUCCCUCGCAUACCGAUGAGUUGUUUCCGUUCUUCUAAACUGACCGCUAGUGGAGAUAGGGAUGCCCUGCAUGCACUCAAUGUAGCUGCCAGUGCCACUUCAUCCUGCUCGUUCUCUGUUCAGGGAUAGUGGCUCUGCACAAGAGGUGGGGUUGUUUUAUUUUUACAAGAAAAAAAUAAUAUAAACAUUGAGGUCAUCAGAGAGAUUGGUAGGGACUCAUACCUGAUCUCUCUGCUUGCUGUGGUAUUUUACAUACCAGCUCUCCUCCUCACGUUGUCACUUGAAACAUGGGUUGACCUACAAACACUCAAACUUUUCUCUUUUUCUUUUCUGUUUUUCUUUCCUUUUAGCUGACAAUGAAAACAAUGUUUCCUCGAAUCAGGCCAGAUCUUUACCACCUGUGGAAGAGAACUGGAAGCCUCAAGUUCAAAGAAACAGCACCAAUAACAGUACCCAUUCUUGUGAGUUGCAUGGUUGGUGGUUGAAGUGGGAUACAGAUUAGUUGUUUCUUCAUUACCUUCUAUAUGUUUUCUUGUAGUGAAUGGGAAAACCAGUUUGUAGUUCUGUUAACAUCGGGCAGAAAAUGCUGUCUUUGAAUUGAUCACAGACAUUUCCCCUCACUUUUGAGGGGAAAAAAAGUGCGUCUUAUGGAGCGAAAAAUACGGUACUUUACUGGGGUAGUGGAUGCAUGGAAUAGCCUUCCAGCUGAAGUGGUAGAGGUUUACACAGUAAAGGAGUUUAAGCAUGCGUGGGGUAGGUGAAAGGCUAUCCUAACUAUAAGAUAAGGCCAGGGACUAAUGAAAGUAUUUAGAAAAUUGGGCAGACUACAUGGGUUGAAUGGUUCUUAUCUGCUGUCACAUUCUAUGUUUCUGAAAGGACUAUUAUCCUGUAUUGACACUUCUAGACAUGUCUAGUGAGGCAUCUGAUGGCAGCGUGACAUAAGAGCCCUUGCUGCUGCAUAGGGUAAAACCUUUAUAUAUCAGGGGCUGGUAAUAUACAAAGAAGGACCAUUAUCUUGUAUUGACACUUCUAGACAUGUCUAGUGAGCAUGUUGGACAUUUGCUCACUGUCACCAGACCAUUCCUAAAAAAAACAUACCCUAAUCAGCCACAACAUUAAAACCACCAACAGGUGAAGUGAAUAACAUCGAAUAUAUCAUUAUAAUGGCACCUGUAAUGGGGUGGUAUAUAUGAGGCAGCAAGAUAACCGUUUGUUCUUAAACUUUAGUAUUGGAACAGGAAAAAUGGGCAAGCAAUCUGAAUGACUUUGACAAGGCUAAAUAGUGAUAGCUAGACGACCGGACCAGAGCAUCUCCAAAACGGCAAGUCUUGUGGGAUGUCCUGGUAUGCUGUGAUUAGUAGCUUCCAAAAGUUGUGCAAGGAAGGAUAACCGGGAAACUAGUGUUAGGGACAUGCGUGCCCAGGCCUCAUUGAUGCACAUGAGGAGUGAUUGCUAGUCUGUUUGGUCCGAUCACACAAAAAAGCCUCUGUAGCUCAAAUUGCUGAAAAACUUAAUACUGGCCAUGAUAGAAAGAACCUACAGCUCAUCGCAGAGUGCUGCAUAUGGGGCUGAGUAACCACAGACUGGUCAGGGACCACCAUGACCACUGUCCAUCAAGAAUGGGGGAUGUCUCAGAACUGGACCAUGAUGCAAUGGAAGAAGGUUGCCUGGCCUGAUGAAUCACAUUUGGUUUUAGGAAACCUAACAAAGAGUUCAAAGUGUUGCCUUGUCCUCCAAAUGCCCCAGAUCUCAACCCAAUUGAGCAUCUGGGGAUGUGCUGAAACAACAAAUCGGAUCCACGGAGGCCCCACCUUGCAACUUGCAGGAAUUAAGGAUCUGCUGCUUAUGUUUUGUUGCCAGAUACCACAGGACACAUUCAGAGGUCUUGUGGAGUGCAUGCUCUGAUGCAUCAGAGCUGAUUUGGCAGCAUGAGGGGGACCAACACGAUAUUAGGCAGGUGGUUUUAGUGUUGUGGCUGAUCAGUGUAUUUAAAUUAAGAUAAAAACAAGUCAAAAGAUGUGCACCACUGUAGUACCAGGGGAGGAUAUAGACCCCAUUUCAUACCAAGCAGAAUAUACUCUUCACACACUGUAGAUGACAAGAGAAUUGCAAAUUCUAGCCAGAAAUAGCUGAAAUAUAUUUUCAAUUAAGCUGUUCUGGCUUAUAUUGACAAAGACGAUCCAAUAGAAUAUAACUCUUGUGUAAUGUCUUUAAAGCAGAUCUUAGUAAUAAUGUUUUUUGUUUUUUUGCAGCAACAACCGGACCACUUAACAAUUCACUACCUGAGAAGGAACGUCAACACAUUGCAGAGCGAUUACUGAGGGUAAUGUGUGCUGAUCUCGGGGCUCUGAGUGUGGUCAAUGGCAAAGAAUUCCUGAAACUUGCACAGACACUUGUUGACACUGGCGCUCGUUAUGGAUCGUUUUCUGUACACGAGAUACUGGGGAAUAUGAACACAUUGGCUGUGAAGCAUUUACCUCGAAUGUACAACCAAGUCAAAGUGAAGGUGACUUGUGCUCUGGGAAGUAACAUCUGCCUGGGAAUUGGAGUCACUUGUCAUGCCCAGUGCAUUGGAACAGAUUCAUGUUACAUACUCACAGCAUACCAGGCUGAGUGCAACCAAAUAAAGCGAUAUGUCUUGGGAAUUAAGGACGUGGACAAUAGAGAUAGCGGAGAAUUUAUCCACCAAUGGGUGCAGAAUGUACUAUCGGAGUUUGUGAUGUCAGAGAUUAGGACAGUUUAUGUUACAGACUGCAAAGUGAAUUCUUCUGCAUUCUCCAAGUCUGGAGGAACCUGCCUUCGUUGUUCAGCCUGUUCUUUGAACUCAGUGGUACAAAGCGUGCUAAGCAAGCGCACACUUCAAGCUCGCAAUAUGCACGAGGUCAUUGAACUCUUAAAUGUUUCAGAAGAACUGGCUGGGUCAUCUGGUAUCUCAAAGGAGACAUUUGGCUCUUUAGAAGAAACCUCACCACCUCCCUGCUGGAAUUCUGUAACUGAUUCUCUCCUGCUCGUUCAUGAACGAUACGAGCAAAUCUGUGAAUUCUAUAGCCGGGCAAAAAAGCCAAAUGUCAUCCAGAACCUAAACAAACACUUACUGAGCAACUUAGCUGCCAUUUUAGGACCUGUUAAGCAAGCUGUAAUAGAGCUAAGCAAUGAACGCAAACCCACACUACAGCUUGUGCUUCCAACCUACGUCAAGUUGGAGAAGCUCUUCACAUCGAAGGCAAAUGAUGCAGGAGUUAUCAGUAAACUCUGCCAUCUCUUCCUUGAAGCUUUGAAGGAGAACUUUAAGGUGGAGUCAGCACAUAAAGUAGCUAUGAUCCUAGAUCCACAGCAAAAACUAAGGCCAGUUCCACCAUAUCAGCAUGAAGAAAUUAUUGGUAAGGUCUGUGAGUUAAUUAAUGAAGUUCGAGACGGGUCAGAAGAGGGUGAAUUUGAGGCACCUACUAAAAAGCCUAGGCCAGCUGCAGAGACAACCAAAGUCCAAGACGAUGACCGAAUGGGGAAAAAUGAAGUCUAUGACUAUUUACAAGAGCCCCUUUUCCAGGUUACUCCAGACCUCUUCCAGUAUUGGUCAUCUGUUGCCCAAAAACAUGUAAAACUAUCCAAACUUGCCUUCUGGCUCCUUGCUGUCCCUGCUGUUGGAGCCAGAAGCGAAUGUGUAAAUAUGUGUGAACAAACCUUACUUAUCAAACGAAGGAGACUGCUUAGCCCUGAAGAUAUGAAUAAAGUUAUGUUUCUGAGGUCGAAUAUGCUUUAAACAAAACAAAAAAACAGUUUGGUUGAAACACUUAUUAUAAAGCAAAACACUGUUCCAAAUAAAUGUUACUUAAUAAGUAAAUGAUAAAGGACAUCAAGCUUGAAACACUGUGGACCUCAAAAAAAGUCUAGGAACCAAGUGCUUUUUUGUUUUGUUUUAUUUUUGUACCGAGAGGAAGAUUGGAUUGUUGGAUGAUGAUGGGUUGUUGACCUUACAUGUAGAAGGAACAUGUUUGUACGGACAAGACUAACUAUUGUUACAGGCAGCUGACUUCCAAAGUCACUUGAAGAUUUCUCGUUACCAGUUAUCACAACGAGCUUGUUGCUCCUUCCAAUAAGUUUGUACUAGUAUCAGGGCCUUAUUAACAUACAGUGUAUAUUAGUAAGGUAACGUUCACAAAACUCUUUCCAGAAGUCGAAAUUCAGGAAAAACAGGUGAAGUCUUUAAAUAUCUCACAAGGACCUGAACACUUUUAGAUGAGUUAUUUUGGUUAACAGAUCUCCAUUCCCUACUUUGUUUUUAUUGUUUGAAGUUCUUUUAGGAAUAAAAGUAGUAUAUUCUAAAGGGACGUAAAGAAACGUAGUGUAUUUUAUUUUUAGAAUAUAGGGAAAACCUUCUAAUCUAAGCCUACUUUCUAAACUGCUGUAUGCCGAUUCUGCUGUUAUCCUGCCUGUUGUAGGCUUCCAUUUUGGAGACGUGUCCUGUUUGGUUUCUGUGCAGAACAAAUAACCUGUUUUUUCUAAUUUAUAAACAGUAUGAAAUGUAUCCUCUGCCGAGCACUGAUUGUCAGUCUAUAUGUGGUGUCCUCACUACAAUGCUAGGAGUACUAAUAUUCUUGCAACACAUUGGGCCACAAUCUGGGUUAGAGCGGGACACUUGUUGAUGAGUGCAUCGUAAACACAAUGAAUUACCCUACCAGCAAGGACAUUAGGUUUCCCAAGGGCUUUUGUAUAAAAAUUACUUUUGAUAACUAUUGUAAUGUAUUUAGACCUCAUCACAGUGAAUCCCUAUGGUUCUUUUUCCUCACUAGAGAAUAAUGUGUGACCCAGGAUGUCCUCUAUGAUCCGACCAUAAAACUACACAGUUUCUAGAAUAAAUCUCCAAAUGUAGGUUACAGCUCAUUGUCAAACAGCCACAAACACCAUAAGUGGAUGUUUUUUAUCUGUACACUCCACCUCAGCUGCACUCUACCCGUCUACACUCUCCACCUCAGCCACGCUCAACCCAUCUACACUCUCCACCUCAGCCACGCUCUACUUAUCUGCACUCUCAUCUCAGCCACGCUCUACCCAUCUGCACUCUCUUUCUCAGCCACACGCUAUCCAUCUGCACUCUCCAUCUCAGCCGCUCUCUACCUGUCUGCAUUCUCCAUCUCAGCCGCGCUCUACCCAUCUACACUCUUCAUCUCAGCUGCGCUCUACCCAUCUGUACUCUCCACCUCAGCCACGCUUUACCCGUCUGCACUCUCCACCUCAGCCACGCUCUACCCAUCUACACUCUUCAUCUCAGCCGCGCUCUACCCAUCUACACUCUCUAUCUCAGUCACACUCUGACAGUCUGUACUCUCCUCCUGGAACAUACAUAACUAGUCUGAACUAUCCAUGUUUACUAUAUUCCUGGUCUUUUCUCUGCAUCGUGACCAAAUUCCAGUAGUCUAUACUGUCCAUCUUGGCCACAUUCCACCAGUCUAUACUGUCCGUCUUGGCCACAUUUCACCAGUUUAUACUGUUCAUCCUGGCCACAAUUCACCAGUCUAUACUGGCCAUACUCCACCAGUCUAUACUGUCCAUCAUGGCCACAGUUCACCAGUCUAUACUGGCCAUACUCCACCAGUCUAUACUGGCCAUACUCCACCAGUCUAUACUGGCCAUCUUGGCCACAGUUCACCAGUCUAUACUGGCCAUCUUGGCCACACUUCACCUUCACCAGUGUAUACUGUCCAUCUUGACCACACUCCACCAGUCUAUACUGUCCAUCUUGGCCACACAGAACCAGUCUAUAUUGUCCAUCCUGGCCACAUUCUACCAGUCUAUACUGUCCAUCUUGGCCACAGUUCACCAGUCUAUACCCUAUACUGUCCAUCUUGGCCACACUCCACCAAUCUACACUGUCCAUCUUGGCCACACUUCACCUUCACCAGUGUAUACUGUCCAUCUUGGCCACACAGAACCAGUCUAUAUUGUCCAUCCUGGCCACAUUCCACCAGUCUAUACUGUCCAUCUUGGCUACACUCCACCAGUUUAUAUGGGCCACACUAUAUCAGUUUAAAAUGUUUGAACGUGGACAAUGGGGAAAGGAGAUACUGUCCACAUUGGCCACGUUCCACCAGUUUAUACUGGCCAUUCUCCUCUAGUUUAUACUAUCCUGAGCCACACCUUAGAUGUGUGCAUUGUUUGUUAAUAACACUCUGCAGGUGGAGGUGAUUAUCAGCUGCCAGAAGUGGGUGCACCGUACAUUACUCUGCUAUGUAAAGCUGGAGGUUUUAGGCCUUUCUGAUUACUGAUCUGUGCACACAGAAUAUAACCUACAGCAGUGCUUCUAGCCAGGACUUAAAAGUUACUUGCCACUGCAAGCCUGGAGAGUCCAUGAAUUGGGUGAAUUUUCCAGCUAGUGACCAUUGAAAUUGUGAGCCCUAAUAUAACAGAGAUCCUGGUGCACACUGAGUUUUUCCAUUAAAGUGGGAAUUGCAAAAGAGUUAACAAGGGAACUGAAAAUUUUAAAAAGUGAAAUGGAGAAUUUCACCAGUUCGGCUAUUUCCCCCUGUAUUAUUCCAAGAUUAUCCCCCCUUACUGUGUGUGCUGCGCGAUCUCCGUUUACACUGAUUGAGUGGGUUCUGUUUGUGUGAAUUUUCACAUACACGGGAUUUGCGGGUGAUCUAACAACACUUGUCAUACUUCACUAGGCCAUUCAGAAUAUUUAUUUAUUUUUAAAGUUAUUACAAAGUGAAUUGAUUACUUUUUGAUAUUAAUUUUUAUUGUCAUAUUUCCAUAGAAUAUAACCCCCUUUAUAUUUUAUACGCAUUUUCUAUUUGUUCGUCUUUGCAGUUGUAUAAAUGGUUUUGUGAAAUUUAAAACAUAAAUACCUUUUUUUUUUUUUUCCUUUGUGUUUCCUUUGGCUAGCAGCUCCUCAGCUACCAGACUGUCCUUUCCUCUUCAGAUCUCCACCAGCUUCCAUGUUGGAGCCAGGCAGAGUGAAGCAAUGGUUCUCUCUGAGUUGGUAUAUGACAGAUCUGGAACAAUGAAAUAUAUAUAACAAUGAAUACAAACCGCUGAAUCCUUGAUGGAUGUCAAUCAACAGGCCCAGUCAGCUUCUUCAUAACAGCAACAUGUACAUCAAUAUGAAACAAAUUAUAUUUUCCUUCUCUUACAAAAUGUAUCUCCAGUAAUUGUUAUAUAAUAGCUUUGGCAUGGGCAUGGGGAUGGGGAAACACUACAUUAGAGCAUCCAAAGACCUAAACUAGCUGUGGAGAAGUCAGUCUCCUACGGAGCACAUACUUUGUAGCACUGGGUGACAGAGUAGUGUGUAAUACACAGAGCAGGCACAGGACAACGAUUGGGUUGCACCCAGGUUAACUCCUUAACCCCUUAAGGACACAUGACAUGUCAUGAUUCCCUUUUAUUCCAGAAGUUUGGUCCUUAAGGGGUUAAAGAAAACUGGAUACAAAUUAUUACAACAUGCAGACCUAUGUUAGCCAGAGAAACGAGAAGAGUAGCAUAUUAGCGGUCUUUAGUUAGUGACCGGGGUUAACACAAAAUGUUAGAAAUAAAAUAAUCAAGAACAGGCUGCAUUCAAGGGAAC